AUGCAUUCUUGUACCAGUUUCUGCCCCCUUUCAUUUUCAUGGUAGCAACUAUUCUUCUCUUGCCAAACCACUAACCACUUCUUAAACUGUGUAAAGUUAAAAGGAAGGUUUUGGUUUUGAUGUGUUUCAGAAGUCAGUGUGUUGGUGAAAAUUAUAGGGUGGGCCCUUAGAUCGGUGCACACUGAAUUUCUUUUUGUGUGUGCAAGUGUCUGUUGGAUCAUUGACUAUGUGUUACUGUUAGUGAUAUAAUUUCUGUUCUGUUUUUGUUUUGUGCCUGAGGAUGGGAGGAGUCUAGAUGUGAAUUCAGGAUCUCAUCUCCAUAGGUCUGUAGGGAAAGAAAACACACAUUUUCCUGGGAGUCUCACUGAACACAAUGGGUCUUACUUCUGAGUAAACAUUCUCAGGCUAGGGCUUCAGGCAAUAAAAAGAACAAAUAGGGAACCAGCAACUUAUCAUAAUUCGGCUAUUUCCCCCGAUUGGCAGUAAAUUCUGCAGUAAUUUUAACAGUGGUGGUUUUCUUUUUCUAUUGAUCUGUCAAACUGCUUUCACCACACUUCUACCUCCUUACCACUUAAAAAAACUUGUGCAUAAAGCUAUGAGUACAAAUAUAAAACAAGCAUCAAAAAGAAUACAUUACCUCAUACUCUGCCUAAACGAAAAACACACAGAUAAGUCUUACACAACACCACACAUUUCGAGAGUUAGACCUACAAAAUAUUCCGUUCAUGCUGUUAUCAUUACAUUCUGAUAAAAGUCCUUCUCCCUUAGGCCACAUGUUAUAUAAGGGUGCUUACAGCACCAGAGAGUUGUAUGGCUCGGAUUUGGUCAGGGCUCUUUCAUCUCACAAUUUGGCUGUUACACUGCACAUACCUGAGGCAUACCCUGUAACGUAUAAGUUGAAUACAGACACUUUUGUUUUUAUGCCUUGGUUGAAAAGGAUUGGCCUAUGUCUGCCUCAUGAACACACCCAAUGUAGGCCACCUGCUAAGCAUUUUGGCCUCUCAGGAGCUCAACAAGGCUCCCAUUUUUUUGCAGUCUCAGGGAAGCAGCAAUUGGGGGAAGUCAUGACCCCAGUGGGUUACCAUACAUUGUGUGUGUGUUGGCUUGGUGAGCCACAGAUGGUGUAGGCCUCCCCUCACUUUAUACUGCCUCAACGGCCUUGGUGUGUAACACAGCGGAGGAGAGGAAAGAGCGAUGGUUUCCCCUGCCCCUGCCACGCUCCUCGUAGUAGUGCAAGGGCCUACUCAGCGCCAGCUUUUUAACCGGAGCCCAGGAGCUUCCGUGCUUCUGCCCAACCACAGCGACGAUGCUCUGCGGCUGUUUGCAAAGCCGAUUAGCUACUGAAGGCUAGGGAAUGAACAUGAAAAGGGGAUGCAAAAAAGCAAAACAAAAACAAAAAAAACCAAAUAAACAAAAGAGAAACGUUGCGUUUUGUUCACAGUGACGAUCCCUGCGGUUCAGCCAGCAAGAAACCCGGGUGUGACGCGGAGGACCCGAAGGAGGCCAGCAGACAGGAAGGCAGGUCCGACACCUUGAAGUUAAAAGCCCGGCAUGCGGAGCUGCAGGAAGAGCAGGCGGAUCAGGCUGCGGGGUGCUCCCUUUUGGUGCAGAAGGCCAGCCUCCACCAUACGGGUUCCCCCGUGAGAGGCCAGCGCAGCAAAGGGGCAGCCACAUGUUCCCAUGCCGCCGCUUCCGAUUAUGAGCUCUCCCUUGACUUAAAGAAUAAACAGGUACACCAGCUUCUCCUCAUGCCGUGGGAGACGGGGCCGGGGCGGGCUGGGGGCCAUUGAUCCACUCUCUAGCUUAGUUUCCAUGUGCAUCACCACUGCCCCGCAGACCACCGCCAUUGACGUGGGUUGUGGGGGGAACGGGCAUAACAGAUGUGGGAAACGACCGUGACUCAGAGGCAGAGCACGCGUGUUGCAUGCAGGGAGUCCCUGGCUUCAGUCCCUGGCAUUUCCAUUUAAAAGGAGCAGGUAGCAGACAUUGUGAAAGAUGCCCACACCCAUUUUCUUUCUGCCUGAGAUUCUGGAAAGCUGCUGCUAGCCAGAGCUAGUCCAGGGCUAGAUUGGAAAAUAGGCUGACUUUCUACAUUGCUCUUCAAUGUUCCCGAUACAGGAUUUUGCACAGUUCAGCCAGAGGACAAGAAAUUUGCCUAAAGGGCGCAGAUUUCUGUCACGAAACCAACACAUAGACCAGCUCUCAGUGCCUGUUACUUUUGGCUCACGGUACCCAGGGAUACAUCAUUCACCCCACAGACCCUUCACCAAGCAGUGCUAUACAAGCUGCACCCCACAAUUCAAAACUGGUCCUCUUACUCAUCUGACAGAUAGAUCAAGGAUUGAGGCUUUGCAUACCUUACUUUGUCCCCCACAGUGAAAGGUGUCUGGAGCAGAAGAACUGCAAUGUAUAUUCAUCACUGCUCCCCACUUUUUAAAGUCAGCCAUCCAAGGUCUGCUGUAUACACUGCAGUUAUCACAGGGGGUUCAAAGCCCAGGGAAAAGAAAACAUGUAGAUCUGGGUUGGUGUUUGUUAGAUCACUGUGUUAUGUGCCUGGGUCUAGCAGAGACCUGACACCUGAUAGUUAAUUAACAGAAUAUCACAACUGCACUGCAGAUGAGCUCCUAGAUAUGUUUUGCGUGUUGGUCUUUUUUUAAAAAAAAAAACGUGGAUAGGCUCCUUCCUGUGCCUUUAGCAGCAGCAUAGAUGGGUUGACAAAAUGCAAGGGGCUGAAACGUGUCCAGUUAUUGCACCUCCAUGCAGGGAAACCGAUGCAGCUGAAAUGCAUCAGGAGCUGGUUCUUCACUGCAUUUCUGGGUGCCAGGCCUAGCUUCUGAUCUCAUUGUGCGCUUAUACAUGUUUUUGGCUGCAUCUAUCACACAUCUACCUGGCUGGGAGCAAGUCCCUACGGACUGAAUAGCUGCACCGAGGAUUGUUGUGUUUACUUCUUCAUUGUCACUGUUGUUGUUCACCCAGAUAAAUGUUUUGGCUCCUUCUGAGCAUCCAUUUCUCCAUCCAAAGUCCAAGUUCAUUACAUUUCUAAACUUCUACACUGAAACCUGUACUGCAGCCUUCUGCAACCUGGUGCCCUCCAGGUGUUUUUGAACUACAAUACCCAUCAGCCCUAGCCAGCAUUAUGGGAUGGGAGUUGUAGUCCAAAAUAUCUGUAGGGCACCAGGUUGGAGAUGGCUGAGGGCUAAUGCUGAGAAAGGGAUCCACAAUGUGAAUCCAGCUGUAUACUGGGAAAAUGAUUUUCCAGUUAUGCAUUGGUGUCAUGCCAAAGUUCCAAAGAUGCAAGACUGAAUUGGGAUUUCCAGCUUUUAAUCUUUUAAGAAAUCCUGGUCAGGAGGUGGCGGUUCCACAUCCUACAGAGUCUGACCAGUAGUAGAACCAAUGGGUCAGAGCAGCAUAUUGAGGAGCCAGGCAAGUUUGGGUCGAACCUAGCAGAAUCUGAUGGAAUAGGAUAGAACAUGGCAGAAUCCAAAGUUUACUGGCUAGUACUAGUUUAUUGUACCCGUUGCCUGAAGCCUUGCUGGUUGUGCCAGAAAAUCCUGACUGGCUAAUUGAUACGUCUAAGAGAAAAACCAGUAGCUCUUUGCCAACUUGUUUGGAAGCAAAAUGGGGCCAUUCAUUCACCUUUUGUAGCCAGAGAAGCAUUACCCACAUACAGUGUGUUUCUGCAUAUCUGGGAGAAGUGUGCGAAAGGAGAUUUCUUUUAAAAGCACUCCCCUGAAAGAUGUUGAAUUUCCUAACAAAGGGGGUAAAGAGGGGACUGCACAUGCGGUCGUAUUGCUCCAGUGACUGACGGUUUGUUUGCAUUUUAUCUGUUCUGGGCUACGCAGCUGCCAUCAGAUACACCCUCUUAUCUUAGCAUCCCCAUUCCCUCCUGUCACCAGCUGAGUGGAGCUAUAAUGCCCCAUCUGUGUGAGUAAGAGCCCCUGACAGUAGCUAAAGGGCGAGUAGCCAAAGGGGAGGCUGAGCUUAAGUGGGGAAUGGCAUCUCCAUGAUUUCUUGAGCCUUGGCUGGCCUACUGGCUCAGAGGAGAAGAGAGGAAUCUCCUUCACCGCCAGCCAGUCUCAGCUGAACAGAAAGGUUUGUAGGAUCAUGUAGUUGGGAGGGACCCUGAGGGUCAUCUAGCCCAACCCCCUGUAAUUUGCAUUUCUAUGCCUUCUGCAGAUAACUGCAAUGGAAAUAGAGAUGUAGAGAUAAAAAUUCUAACUGGACAGAACGAGGGCAAGCUCAAGAUACUGUGCUGCCUGAAGCAAAGGACAAGAUGGCACCCUCUCCCAUUCUAUGUGCAAAAGCCAGCUGGGCUGGCAAGUCAAACUUACCUGAAUAUUGGACAUGGGUCAGUGUCCUCCACGAAGGCAUAGGACAGGCUGUGUGCCACUCGCAGCUUCAUCCUCCAACAGGUAUAUCAGGAAGAAUGACUGGGGCGGCCACUUACCCCGUGCACAGACCAGCUUGCAUGCACCACCUGAGGCAGCUGCCUCACUUGCCUUAUACCAAGGCUGGCCCUGUGCUGAAUUUGGCAUGCAAAGUUUUUUCCUCACUCUUGCAACACUGUGACACAAAAGCAAUAAGCUCCACCCCCCAAAAAACCACACAACUAUUGAAGGUACAGGAGUCUUCCAGUCAACUACAUCUGUUCGCCUGACCAACUUGCAUUCUAGCCCGUCAGCUGCUUCAUAAAACUGCUCAUAGUCAGUCAUUUUAUUUAUAAACUGCAAUUUCCACAAAUGCAUCUAUAUUCACAGCAAAUGUAUAUACAAAAAAGAAGUCCAAAUGUACUAGAAUAAUAACAAUGCAUAAUAAAAAGUAUACUUAUUGCUACAACAGAACAAUACAACAUACCAGCAAUUAACAUGCACCAACAUUUAAGGAAGUGUAAAGCUCACCAAUAGUAAAAAAAACUACCUUCACAUCCAAAAAUUUGACCCAAAGCUGAUGACACCAGUAACUAUCUAGCACCCGCAAAAAGCCAAAAUUCCCCCUUGGAAUUCAAAUGGAAGCAGCUUUCUUAAGAAGGGUGCUGGGCAAUGCUUCUUACGUUUUAGGUGUGGAGGUGUCACCUUGACCCAAGUUGAAACCUAGAUGUCAGGAAUCAGCCACGAAUUUAUUUCUUGAGAAGAAGAGACUGCAGCUUUUUCUAUGUUGGCAAACCUUGGUCCAACAAAACAAACUUUGAAAAUUUUUAUUUUCUUACUAGUUAAACCCCCCAGAAAAAGUUUGAAAACUGGAGAAGUUCAAAUGUUCCCACCACCUCCCUUGAGAAAGGCAAAAUGAAGCAACCAAGUAUAAUUGGAAAUAUAUUGCACGGAGAACUUUUUUUUUAAAAUAAAGGAUAUAGGUGAAAUCAAACAAACCCACAAAAAAAUCCUGGGAAAUGCAGUACAAUUGGUAUUUAAUGAAUCUAGAGAUGAACAAAUUAAAUCUACAGCCUGCGAUCAAGAAUGAAAGCUAAAGCAGUAGCAGAACUCUGUUCCAGUGAGCAGGCAGCCUCUGAAAAAUGGAGAUUAACAGCACAAUCAUGUGCAUGGAAAUAAGUCCCCCUGUGUUCAGUGGAGCUUCCUCUCUGGUAAGCGUGCAUGACAUCUGCAGUCUAGCUUAUUGAAAAAUAAGCCAGCUAUAGUUUAUUCAUUCAUUCUUUUAUUUUAUUUUAUUUUAUUUUAUUUUUUCUAUUCUAUUCUAUUCUAUUCUAUUCUUUAUUUAUUUUUUUAGAAAACUUUACCGAUUAACGCAGCCUUCAUCAACCUGGUGCCUUCCAGAUGUUUUGGACUACAACUUCCACCAGCCCCACCAAGCACAGUGUUGGUUGAGGUUGAUGGGAGUUUUAGUCCAAAAUAUCAGGACAACACUACCAGGUUAGUGAAGGCUGACUUAAUUUAAUAAAAAUCUCUAUUUGGGGUGGGGGGAGAGACUAGCACAGAUAAAACUGAACAGAGUUAAAAAUUAAGAGCCAAAGUCCAGAAAGGCUUGGGUAGGGAUAUGUGUUUUUAAGAGCUUAAAAGAUCAUUCCUGCCUCCCAGAUUGCCCAAGGGAGGGUAUUCCAGAGACUGGGUGCCAUCACCAAGAAGGCCCACUUCUGUAGGUGAAAAUCUGCUGGGUGUGUGGCAACCAGCAGGGUCCCCUUAGAAGAUCUUGGUUAGGUCCCUACCCGGGGAGGUGGUCUGCUGGUCCAAAGUUGUUUAAGGCCAUAAAUAUCAGCAACAGAACUUUGAACUUCUUUUGGUAGCUAACAGUGUUUCUGAGAAGGUGGUAUCUCAUUGUAUCGCCUGGUCUUAACAACGGGUUAGGUCGGAUACCUGCUGAACCUAGGUGCCAAACCUCUUGUGCAUUAGGUCCUAUGCAUAACUUCAUUUUGCACAAGUUUCCACAAGUCUUUAUUUUUUGCACUGAGGUGCAGAAGUAGAAAUAUCUGCACGCAUAUCCCCAAUGAUGAUGAGCCAGACCUUUGGGCCAUCAAGCUCAGCAUUGUCCCCACGGACCGGCAGUGGAUUUCCAGGGUUCCCAGACAGGAAGCUUCCCCAGGCCUACCUGGAGGUGCUGAGAAUUUGAACCUGGGACCUUCUGCCUAUAAAGCAGGUUCUCCAUCACUGUCAUGUCCGUGUCAUGCACUUAAACCACUUUCAAACCUGUUUCACCCUCAUGGCUCACACAGGAAAGCAUCCAAGUUGCUUUACACUGAGUCAGACCUUUGGUCCAUCCAGCUCAGCACUGCCUACACUGGUAGCAGGUCUUCAGGGUUGCAGGUAAGAGCCUCUCCCAGUCCUGCCUGCAGAUGCUGGGGACUGAACCUGGGACUUUCUGCAUGCAAGGCAGAUAGAAAUCUCCUGCUACUUUUGCAGCAAGGGCUUAGGCAUUCAGUGAAGCCAUCUAGGGCUGCCUCCAUUAUUAAAACAAUGUCCCCCCCCCUGCCUCAGUGACUUCAGUUCAAUGCCACCUUCAUGUAAUAUUGGGGAAAGGGAGCAUUGCUUAGAAAAGUUUGUGCUCCUGCCAUUUAUUUAAUUCUUAUCAAGGGAACAAGAAGCUGGAGGUGGAAUUGUAUAGUCCAGCCCAAGUUCAGAGUGUUUCAGUUCCUCUGUUUUAAAGGGAAAUGUUAAUGGACUGGGCUGUUUGGCGUUUGGUUGUUACUGUUUUUGAAGGGAGGGGUGUUGCUGCUGUUGUUUUUUAGUACCUAAUUUAGAUUUAUGUGGAAGUUCAGUUGGGUUGCGUAUUUUUUAAUGUUUUGUUUGCUGUUUAUGACCACUUUUGUUAUGUUGUAGUUAUGCAUUAGUUCACAUUGUAAACUAGUUUGAAUUGUGGAAAAGCAGCAUACAAAUGAAAUUAUGUAUGUAUGUAUGUACAUAUGUACUUCCCUAUGGCCCUUUCCCCCAAAUCAAGGCUUCCAGUCAAGGUUUGCUUUGCCACGCAGCAGGGAGAAGCAAGAAGACAGAUAUAGACAGGGAUUGGUGCAGCAAUACUUUUUUAAAGUGUUGGCCGUAGCUGUGAUUGCGUGUGUGUCAUUUGAGCUCCACUCCAGACAGCAGGGAUUUCUUGGCCUGGCACAGUUUCCAGUUCCAGAAAACCAUGUGUCCGUGAUGGGGAUCUUUGGCACAGAAUUCUAAACAGCUUCCCCCAAAUGUUAACGUGACAACGUUUAAUCAAUUAAUUGGUUAGACAAGUCUAACUAAAAGCUGCCUGGUUAAUCGAGCCACAGAUUAGCAUAUUUUAAUUUAAGUACUUAAAGCGCACACACAACUCCCCUGUGAGGAAAGGUUACAACAUUUGGGGCUUUUUUCGUUCAGAAAGAAAGGCGAGUAAGGGAAUGAUAGAAGUCUGGACCUCUCUUCUUCCUAGCCCAAGCAAACCCACAUGACAACAGUGGUGUGCUAUUUUUUAGCCAGUUAGAAUUUUUUGUACAUAAGAGAGCAUUCAGACACAUCUUUGUCCAAGGUGAUGCCCAAGAUGGCAGCUGGUCUACAUGUUACACCUACCAUGGGGAUUGUCACCCCUAUGAUGCCAGCUUCUCAUCUCUUGAGCCCAUCAUGUAGUGAGUUCCUUCCUGCCCCAGAUGGCAGACAUGGCACUCUGCACAAAAUACUGUAUGUUCUGCUGGGAAAAUAUGUUGGAAAGCUAUACGAUGCAAGCAGGUCACUUGCCCUAUUUAAUCUAGUCACACAGUCACUGUACCAUGUUAACACAGCCUAUUUUUGCAGGGUAGUAUAAGGGAGACCAAUUUUCCUUUUAUUUCAGGCUAGCAAUUAAAUCUCAAAAUUUCAAAUGAGAGAGGUUGAGUGGUUCCCAUCUAUUCACUCCUACACACAAACUCCUAGAGAAGCUGUUGAUUCAUCAGAAACCUCAAGUGGUCAACCACAUAGCUGAUGGUUCCUACUACUGUGGCCACCAUGACAUUUUCAGCUUUAUUAAUAGCAAGGUAUACUUUAUUCAGCUUUGUAACAACUAGGCCAUACAUUCAGGGUUCCAAGCUACACAUUACUUAAAAGUGUGCUUAUAAGUAGGCUUUCAUCCUUAGCAAAAGCUGCUAUUGGGGUUCAGAUCCACAUCAGCACUGCAGUACGUGGUGAGAGUCUAACCCUUUGUCCCAUAUUAUUUACUAAGCAAAAUUGCACCCUGGUGCUGCUGUUUGUCUCCAACAGUGCUAUUUGCAGCAAAUAGGACCACAGGAGAGACACUUCACUGCACAAGUAUUAUUUUAUAUAUCUUUCUUUUUUAAAUGUAUAUGCUUUAUUUAAAGGUGCUUAUUUCCUCAUGGGAAUCUCAGGGCUUAGUGUGAGCCAAGGCUUUAAUAUGGGGUGCUGUUUUCUUCUUUUUAUUCAAAUAAUCUAGAUUUUCAAGACAGCCUACAAAAGAGAACCAUAAAACAAAUGUAAAACAGAUCAGAAACAUCAGAAACAACAGCAAUUAUCAUACAAAAAAAUAAAAUAAAACAAAAAUACAAAAAAUACAAAAUAAAAAUACAAAAAGACAAAAUAAAAAUACAAAAAGGUAUAAGAUCAGUUAAUAUCCUGGGCAAUCCCCCCCCCCCUUUUAAAUGUCUAAAACAUGGCUCUCCAGGCAACCUGGAGAUAUUUGAUAUCUCCGAGUCUCUCAGUUUCUGCGUAACAAGCCUAAGAUACAAUCUAAUUUAUGGAUAUUGUCUGCUGCGCUUAUACCAUGUGUCUGUUAUAGUGGACAAUGAUUGGUCACGAUUUUGGCCUUAAAUGUAAAUAAUUCAAUGCUAGUACACUUAACCAUUUCCCCCAAUUCAAAUGCUGAAUCUGCCAUGUGGAGUCUCCAGCACAUGUUGCCGCAUUGUGACUCAGCAAGUUGCACUUUGAUCAGGACAUGAGAGAGUGCAACCCAGACAUGUGCUGAAGGGUUCAUAUGACCUGUGCAGCAUUCCAGCAUCAUUGUAAACAUGGCAACAUGUCAACCAGGCCAUCUGAAUUCAUCCUAAAUCAUUUGCUUCUACUGUCCAUCUCAUAUGCUGGAUAAAAUGGGGUUGCAAUAAUGUUUUAUUCAUUAGAGUAGUGCCCAGUGGGCAGAAAGAGUUUAGUCCUCCUAAUCACUCUUAAAACUUGGGAAAUGGAAAAAGAGAUGCUUUAAUUAUUCAAAGAAAGACCUUCAGCCCAAACUGAUUCUGACUUAUUGACAAAAUCCAUCCCUUAAGACAUCCAAAAAUAAUUUGGGGGAAGUGGCGCAACUCUACGCCACUCAGAAUUCUGGCCCUAAUUGUGACUGCCUUCACGUGCAGCUAAUUGUGCUCGACUGUGUUCCCAUAUGGCCAUGUGCAUCAGCAGAAGAGUCCAGCCAGUUCAGUGGGCCCUAGAUAAGCACAGUGAUGUACAGACAUCCACAUCAAUAUGUGCACAUAUACUUGUAUCAGCUGCACCUGUGGAAGCUUGCUUUCACAUACACGUCCUUUGCUGCCCCUGUUUCUAGUAAUUGCUGAUAGACAAGGCAGGGGAAGAUGGAAGAAAAUGUGCACUUCUGCAAAACCUCAGGGUUCCUCCAAGCCUGUUGAUACCUCUCUCCUGCAAGGGUAGUGCCAUUUUGGCUACAUAUGCAACAGCAUUCAUAACCUGAGCAUUGGAAGUAGAGGGAAUUGUGUACAUACUUGUGCAGGAGAGGAAUAACUGGGGUGGACGUUUCUUGAGAAUCAUGCAGUGUGAUGCUCAACCUUAUUCAGAUGUUCUAAGUAAUGGCAUCAUUAGUAAGGUCAGAGAGCGGCUGGUGUUCCUGUGGCAGCAUGAUCAGUUGGGUUCCCAUAUGGUAGUCUGCUUAUCAAUGCAAAGGUGAUUUCCAUCACUUGGCCCUCCCUCUCCAAUUCAUUCAUUUUAUUAAUUGAAAUCUUACAAACCCCCGUUUCCUCCAGAACUCUGAAGAAGAACAAAGUACUUUAUCAGGCAAAAGAAGAACGAAGCCAACCACGGUCUCAGUAAAUCUCUACGGGGAUAAUUAGUGUCCAUCCUUUCAACUUUCUUCACCACUUCCAUCCAUCACCUGCAUUAGCACCACCGCUGCCAUUGUCACCUGAUGAUCAUUCAUGGGGACCAAAGCUGGGGUGAUGUAUAUGGUGUGGACUGAAAGCACACUCCGGUGGUCCUCUUGUUAAGCUUUUAUCAGUGAGGUAGCAAGAAGGACACUAUUGGUACAAAAAUUCUUCAGACAAACCGGGCAGAGCUUUCAGGCUCAGAAUGUGCCAGAGCACAAUGCCCAGUUUGGCCAUGGUUUCCUUGACUAAUUCAGCGGGGUUUUUUUCUGGGCAUUCAUCAAUAACUAGCCCAUCCAGGGUGUUUGUAUAUUCUCACUCCUCUUGAUAUUUAUCCCUGGUGAUAUUUCUAACCUCUUAAACCAGAUCUUCAGUUCUUUUUGGGGUGCCAUUGCAGGACACACAUCACCACUAUCUUUUUCUUCCUUGUUUAUGGUUCUUACAUUGCUGAUUAUUAUAAGCAAAAGAGCAACAUAUUUAGAAGUGGAGGGAGGUUUUUGGUCCGUAGAUGGCCCUAUCUUGCUGAGGAGCAUAAGAGUUAUUUUUAAUGAUGAUGAUGUCCCACCUUCCACCCAGAACCAGGACUCAAGGCAGCUCACAAAAAUUAAAACAAACGUAAAUAAAACACAGAGAGUUAAAAAUAUAGAAAUGAUAAUAGGUUAAAUGUAAUUAAACUAUAUAAAAUUAAAAUGGGCCAAGAUUGCUCUGUGGACCAGAGGUUUCUAAUUCUUCGUGUAUAUGCUUGGAUUGUUUGUUCUAAGAAAUACAUAUAAUAAAUAUUUUUAAGCAGCACAGCUGGAAUCCCAGAGUAUGCAAAUACAUAAGGCUAGAUUGGAUGAUACUCUGCCUAGCACAUGGGGGGGGGGGAGGGAGUGUGCCCUGCCCACAAGGGGCUUCAGUCCCAUUUCUACUGGCCCCAUAUGUACAGCUGGGGAUGAAACAUCCAAAUAUCGCUGAUAUGCAGCAACAUUUGGGCAUUCUGCUCCUGCGUACCCAUGCUGAGACAGCAGAGGUGAAGCCACUGUCCCAGAUGUGUGGGAGGAGCUACGGACCCUGGCCCCCCUUGACAUAAUGGCUUAGAUUGGGGGAGAUGCAUCAUCUCAUCCACCCCCUAGGUAGAACUGAAUAUGGGCCCGGCAAGAAAAGGAAACCAUUCCUUUGUGAGCCAAGUAAAUCGUUUCCAGAGCCCCUCAGUGCACACAGCAGGGAAAAGAGACUCACAAAUGCGGUAUUGAAUUUUCGAGAGCAUACUUAGAGAGCAAUUUGUAAAUUGAAGUCGCGGAAACUGGUUCAGAAAUCAAUUUUUAAAAAUACUGCUUUUCUGUUUCAGAUCGAAAUGCUAGAGCACAAAUAUGGAGGCCACCUGGUCUCUCGGAGGGCAGCCUGCACCAUCCAGACUGCCUUCCGCCAGUACCAGCUCAGCAAAAACUUUGAGAAGAUACGGAACUCGCUCCUGGAGAGUCGCAUGCCCCGGCGGAUUUCACUGAGGAAAGUCCGAGUCCAGAACUCUGAAAGUUUUUCUGCUGAGAAGGCCCUCGUGGAAGGCUAUAACUUUGUUGGCAUCCCCUUGGUGAGGUCUCCGUCUUUGCCAGCUACCAUAAGCGGGGCCCUGACUGAGCUGGAGGACUCAUUCACCGAGCAAGUCCAGUCUUUGGCCAAGUCUAUAGAUGACGCCCUCAGCACAUGGAGCCUGAAGACGAUGUGUUCCCUUCAAGAUGGCAGCUCCUACCAGAUAAGGGAGACAUUCAGCGCGAUGCAGCCAAACCAAGACUUGGAAGCCGAACUGAAGGAUCAAGAGAAGGAGGAAGGGCUGCUGCCAGAUACGUUGCCAAAGAGCAGCAGCACCCUCAUGAUGGCCUUCCGGGACGUCACCGUCCAGAUUGACAACAAGAACUUCUCCGUCUCCUCAUCUACCUCGGUGUCUAUGGCAAACUGCCUUGCCAACAACACCCAGGCGGGGGUUUCUCAAGCUGCCAAAAUAGAAGAAAUCCCAGAGGAAGCUGGGAAAGAGAACCAAGAGCCUCAAGCUGUCUCCGAGGGGCAGCCUGACUCCGGAAUCCUUCAGAAUAGUCAUACGGCAACUGAGGGGAACGUCAACACCAACGGCUUGGCGGGAGGGGAAGCAGACCAAGAACAAAUGAUGGUGCAGAAGCUGGAGUUCGGCUCCAGCCACGAAGCUGGGCAGAACAAAGGCUCGGAGGCAGAAAAUGUGGACAAUUCAGAGCAGCUGAGCAGCAGCAGCACCUCCACCUCGGCCAAGUCUGCCUCAGAGUUGUCUUCAAAGGAAGCCCUGCAGGCCAUGAUUUUGAGUCUCCCGCGGUAUCACUGUGAAAACCCGGCCAGCUGCAAAUCUCCUACUCUUUCCACGGACACCAUGAGGAAACGGCUCUACCGCAUUGGGCUAAACCUCUUUAACAUGUAAGUGGCUAAUAAUAAUAAAUCUUUUAAUCUCCCGUGGCUUUCCUCAAUUUGCGACAACAAAGGCUGUUGGGGAAAAAUGUCUUCUUCAAGUCACAUUGCUUUCAUGUUUAAGGGUUCGGCCACCUAAGAAAUGCAGACCCUGUUUUAUUGUGGGUCAGGCAGUUGCACUGAAGCUCUGUCGCAGAGGGGGAAAGAAAGGACUCCCAAGUGCUUAGUGUCCACAGCAGUUGAGAGAGUUCUCUGGCUGCUAUCUAAAUAGGACUGUGUGAGAAUGAGACAUAAACAUCCCAGUUAUCAUCUGUGGAUUUUAAAAAAGAAUUUAAAAAUUACCUCAGUUUUCAUGCCCUCUCCACAGAGAUUUGCCACUUUUGACGUGAGCAUUUUGGCUGCCAUUUUUCUUUUGGCGGGCUUGGUAUAAUUAUAUUCCAGGCAGCAGCAAGUUAAUAUCUUUCUCUCCCCUAUCCCUUUCUCCUGCUUUCGCUCAGCUAAGGCAACUGUGCUGUGAAAAAUAGCUGUAGGUAUUGGGGGUGGGGGGGGGGGAGGGAACCAGGCACAGCAGCCGGGAAACUGGAGUCAGGGGAGGUCAAAAACAUUACAUGUUGGACUCGGUUUUUGAAGAGGCACUUUGGGCCUCUUCUAUUGGCUCUCAGCAUGAUUCUCUGAACCUCAGUAAUCCUUGGGGGAAUAUUGUAAUUUGCCCUUCUAUAGCUUCGCCAUGCACUUUAACAGUUGGUUAUUAUUCCAUUUGUUGGAUGGUAAUAGCAGAUGGCGUAUCUCUGGGACUGCUCAUUUUAUUAACUCAAACAUGAAUAUGAAUGUAGAACUUGAAAUACAUGCAUUUUUUUUGCAUUUUUUUUAUUUUUAUCCCACCCUUCUCCCAGGGAGCUCAAGGCAGCAUAUACAGGGUUUUACCCCAUUUUAGCCUCACAAUACUUAGGGUUAGAAACCAUGACUCACCCUGGGCUAACCCAUGUGCUUCAUGGCUGAGUGGAGAAUUGGAUCCAGGACUGAUGUUCUAUCAAUUGCACCCAUACUGGCUCUCAUAUUUUUUUUAAAAAAACUAAGCACAUUCUACCAAACUUCGGGCGGCUUCAUAUGAAUAAUAACCUUUGCCCUGUGGCUGCUGUAAAUCAAAUUGCAGGAGGGCUGCCUUAGUGUUGUCAGCAUACUCUCAGAAUCAUUUGCUAUGUGAAGAAUAGCUCUUUCGAGUGAAACAGUUUUUACUUGCCUUGAAACGAACUGAGAAGCAAGUGUCAAAUGGAUUUCUUAGGGGGAGAUUCAGGGAGCCACCCCCAAGGCUUUGUCUCUGGUAUUUACCCAUUUGACACCUGAAGGCAGGAUGUUUGGAGGAGGACCUCAAUGGUUGCUUCAGUUAAUGGGUCAUAUAUUGGCUGGCAGCCAAGGUCAGCCAAAAUUUGCAAAGCUCUGAAUGCAAUCAGAUCAAAGUUUAACGCUCCUAAGCUUCUUUUUUCAAGAACAAAAGAUAAUGGAGCUCAUGGUUAGCAAUUUGACUGAAAAAAGUGCUUAUCUUUGGCUGGGUUGUGCCCAUUGUAAGUAUUUGUACACACUAACCAUGAUAAUAAUGGGUUGUUUAUUAUAAUUGUUUUUGUUUCUUUGAUUGUGUCCAAAAAGGCCAAUUUCAUAUCUUAGGUUACACCAGCCACCUUUAGACUCACGCGUAGCUGGAAUUAUGCUGACAGCAGAUUUCAGAGAAACAUUUUGCUAGUUUUGCCCUUCAGAUUUUUCUAUCCUCUAUGUAGGUCGGUUUUCUGCCCAAGUUGUUUAGUGUACCUAAAACAGCUCUCUGAACCUCCACUCGUAAUUCUAAAUUUAUGGGAGAGAAUUGCUGGAGUAUUUCCUUUGACUUGAAAUCAUUACAUGGGGAGCAGCUCUGAGAUGCACAGCAGAAAGAAAAUGUGUUGUUUUUGGCUUUGCUGUUUACUUGAGUGACCGCAGGGCACCUUCCUUUCCAAUCAAAAGGGACAUUCCGACUACUUUAUUUGUUCUGUGUUUUGGCUUGCUGUGAAGACUGUUAGAAGAAAGGCUGUAUUGCCACUUGAGUUGAUGACAUUUCUGGAAGGUAAUUGGCAUGGACACAGUUGCAUUAGGUAUGUCACAAACAUUUCACCGAAAGCAAAAUUCAAAGCAAAGGUGGGGCUUUCUCCAACCGAUACAGCAACCUCUCAGCAGUGGCAGUGGCACGGCUUCUUCUCUUUGCGGCUAUGAUGUCAGCAACCUCACCAUCAUUUUGCAUCCCACACAAUACUCCAGACUUUGCACUGAUCCUGGGCACUGUGUGGGGGCAAGGGAGACGGAGAAUACUUGGAGACUAUUCUGCAAUGUGGUCCUCUCUUUUUUCAGAGGGGAACCAAAACACAUACUCAGAAAUUUUAUUAGAAAAAAACCUUUUCUGAGAAAUCACAGCUUGGCUCUAAGAACUCCAUACUGCACAUAUGUCUGGCCCAAGCUGUGGGUGUCAAGAGCGCCACCUAAGCUGCGCUACUAAUUUGCUUUAGCAUUCAGUCAGCUGGCCAGGCACUAUAGUGUUCUGGCCUCAGAGCUGUCUACUCCACUUGAACAGUUCUUCUCUAGCAUAAGGAUUGCCUAGUUCUGUCUCUUUUCCUGAUCUGGACCUCUGCCUGCCUUUAACCAGCCUCUGGUUUUGCCGCCACUGGAACCCAACCCCUGCCUGCUUUGGGCCACACACACCCACAUCUGGUCCACUUAGAAUGCCAGCUCCCUGGACAGUGGAACCUGUAACCAGACCCUGCUGUCUCCUGUUUCCUUCAAGUGAGGCUGAGUUAAGGCAGGGAAAGGGAGGUGGAGGAGAGCAGAAGAACAGGCGUGAGCACGGGCACAGUUGACUUCUGUAGACUUACCAUGUCCAGCCCAAGCCUGUGGUAAGUCUGGGGCCAAGCAGAUAGGUGCUGUUAUUCUUCCCCAUGAAUGAAUAAGGAGGGAGGUGGCAGAAUCCUAAGUGGUUCCCAAGAACAGGCGUUAGAAAGACCAGAGAAGCAGCUAGCCCUGGGUAGAAAGCUAGUCUGUGUGGCUACAGACAUGCCCUAGGAGUGGAGAUGUUGCUGACCUAUAUAGCCUACCCAGCUAUCUACCUAUCUCCUGUACAGUGGUACCUCGGGUUAAGUACUUAAUUCGUACUGGAGGUCCGUUCUUAACCUGAAACUGUUCUUAACCUGAAGCACCACUUUAGCCAAUGGGGCCUCCCACUGCUGCCACGCUGCUGCUGCAUGAUUUCUGUUCUCAUCCUGAAGCAAAGUUCUUAACCCGAGGUACUAUUUCUGGGUUAGUGGAGUCUGUAACCUUGAAGCGUCUAUAACCUGAAGCAUAUGUAACCCGAGGUACCGCUGUACUGUGGUUUCAGCUCAGUGGCAUACCGUCUACUAUGUGUGCAGAAGGCCUUAAUUGCUGGCAUCUGUAGGCAGGACUAGAAGAAACACUGCAGAGUUGUUGCCAGUCCAUGCAGAUAAUACUGAACUACAUGACUCAAUAUAAAGCAACUUGCUAUGUUCCUACUGGAUAUGCAAUCUGUUCUAGCCUUAUUCUUGCUGCACCUAUGGACAUACUUAGAAUCAUAGAAUUGUACAGUAGGAAGGGACCUCGAGUGUCAUUUAGUCCAACCCCCUGCAGUGCAGGAAUCCUGCCCACAGACAUUCCUGGUUGGGCUCGAACCACUAGCCUGGUUAGCAGCCAGAUGCACUGAUCCAUUGGGGGCUUGGUGCAAGAUUAUUAUAUUUGCUCAUUGCCUAGCACCCAUGUUACCAGAAUGAAGCCAGCCAGAAUACUGCAUCCCUUCCGCCUCAAACUGAAGAACAACAUAAACAAAAAAUUGGCCCUCUUUAAAAUCCAAAUGGCCUACACUCAAGCAAAUAACAGUUUGUGGUAAGUGCUGAGGGCUGGUGCUAUUCCACACCUCCUCUCCAUAUGCACACGUACCUCAUUUUGGACCACAUUCUCAAUCUGCUUUUUGCCCUGCUUUCCCCCAAUGGAAUUAAUUACCUCUUGUGCAACACCCUCAGUGAUGAUAAAAAAAUAAUGAUUUCUGGUUGCCAAAUGGCCUUGAUGCUGUUCCAUUUCACCAUUUGGCUGUGUAUAUGAGCCUUCAGUUACAGAAAAUGCUCCCCGCAGAACAACAACUGUUAUUGCUACCACUAAUAAAUGCCGGGAUGCUUGGUUACAUAAACCUUCCUGACAGGAUUUAAUAACACCAGUGGCUUACCUACAGCGUUAUAUAACUGCUGCCCAAUACAAAAUUGGGUCUAUGUGGCCCAAGAGGUCUUCUGCAUGGCCUUGUUCUCCAUGUCUUCAAUCAUGCAACUCCCCCGUGAGCAAUUAUUGAGUAAUAUUCUGAAUUGUGACAGCCUCCCGCAAAUUGAUUGAAUGCAUUUGUGACUCUGCACUUCAAGCGGCAACACAUUCCAGAGCGAGUGGGUGGAAUUCCUGGAAUGGAGAAAGCCUCAUUAUGCAGUGUUGCUAUAAUAGCGGUGUUUGUGUAGGCGGCCAUUUCCGUAGGUGGAAGGGAAAGCCAGGAGAGCUGUAGGAAUCCCGCAGCACCCAGCCAAACUUGCUUAGCUCCUCAGGAAAACAGGAGGAAAUAUUGCCAGCUCAACCCAUAAACAACACAGGCUGUGGUGUAAAUCACAUUGUGUAGAGCACUGAAAGUGUUUUAGGGCAAUGUUACUGUGUGGUAACCUAGGUAAAGGGAACCCUGACCAUUAGGUCCAGUCGUGGCCGACUCUGGGGUUGCGGCGCUCAUCUCGCUUUAUUGGCCGAGGGAGCCGGCGUACAGCUUCCAGGUCAUGUGGCCAGCAUGACUAAGCCGCUUCCGGCGAACCAGAGCAGCACACGGAAACGCCGUUUACCUUCCUGCCGAAGCGGUACCUAUUUAUCUACUUGCACUUGGAGGUGCUUUAGAACUGCUAGGUUGGCAGGAGCAGGGACCAAGCAACGGGAGCUCACCCCGUUGCAGGGAUUCGAACCGCUGACCUUCUGAUCAGCAAGUCCUAGGCUCUGUGGUUUAACCCACAGCGCCACCUGUGUCCCUCAUGUGGUAACCUACAUAGCACUUAUUCCAUGCGGCUAUUUUACACCUGCAUGCUAAGUAAAUGGCGUAAGGAGCAAAUUCAGCUUUAAAUAACAAUGAACUCAAUGCUCAGAGGGCCCCCAUGUGCAAUGUCCUGACACACAACACGCAUGCGUGAUGUCAGGACGCUGUGCAACUGUUGUGACGUGGGGUUUGUGAUUUCAGCUCUCCUGAUAUAACAUGCUGGAGACAGUCUCUAGUAACACUUCUUUAUUAAGCAACAAGACUCAAGACUGGGGAGAGGAAUGCUACAUUUAUAGGGACAGGGAACUAGCAAGAAAGGAUACAUUUUGGAGGGAACAAUAUCACGCAAUCACAGUCCUGCCUUUUGGAGGGAACCAAUAAGACAGAGGAUCCAAAUACAGCAGCUUAAAUGAACCAAUAGUAGCUGUACCCUCUGGAACCAAAAGGCAGUUACUUUACCCUAAUGCAAAUACAGACAAUAAUAAUACAGAUAUAAAAUCCUUUGACUCAAUACACAACAGCAACGUCGCAUCAGCCCCCUCAAUCCUCUGGAAAAGAUGGCGCCUCUGCGCUGGAGUCUCACUGAAAGAGUUGAACCCUUUUAGAGAGUCCCAACACUUCAAACAGAAUCAGUCAGAUGACAGAUUAAAUUUACAUACUGUCCAACUUUUUCAGACUCAGGAUGUGCAUCUUCUGGGACACGUUUCCAAGCUAGGUACGUGACCUGCGCCUCACUCUCACACUGACAAAUAGGGGUGAGUUUUUUUGUGAUGAGAGCACAACACAGCAUCCCAAAAUGCCCACUUUGGGUGCCAUGAGAGAUCACAGCCCCCCCCCAAAAAGUGAUUUUUCAGAUCUACAGUGCAGCAAGAGAGACUGUGGCACCCAAAAUGGCUGCUAUUUUUUUUUUAAAUGGCUGUCAGUUUGACACCUUUAUAUAUCUGGGGUGGGCCCACGAAUAAGGCCACAUUUGCACCAUACAUUUAAAGCACCAUGAUGCUAAUUUCUACAUUCAUGGCUUCUCCCAAAUAAUUCCAGGAGUGCUGUUUCCCUCCCAGAGCUACUGUUGCCAGAGUGCCCCCUGAAGAGGGAUUGAUUGUUAAACCACUCAGGACCUUGUAGCUCUGGGUAGGGAAUAGGGAACCUCCUAGCAAAUUUCUGCUCCCCUAACAAACUACAGCUCCCAGAAUUCUUUGGGGGAAGCCAUGGCUAUUUAAAAUGGUAUCAUAGUGCUUUAAAUGUAUGGUGCAAAUGUGGCCUAACAGAAGAACAGACAACAAAAGUGGAUUCUGUGAGCAAGGCCGGAAAGACAAACACCCACCAGCUAGUACUCAGUGGCUUGAAGAUUUCACUGCUCUUUCUAUGUGGGAAUCAUUGAUCUUGUUUAGAUACUUAUUUGGACAUAUGGACUAUGUAUCUUAAUCUGUGCAUUUAAACGAGGAUUGAUAGAAUAAUCAUAUUAUUAGGGUCAGCUGGCAAUAUUUGUAUUUUUUAAAAUUCCCUUUUGUUAGAUCUGCAAAGUAAAAAGUAAAAUAAAAGUUGACACCACAGAAAGGAACUUAUGUAACUGCCAUUUGUGUGUCUUACUGCAUAUAUAUUCCACCUUUCUGCUAAGGAACUUUAAGGUGAUUUGCAGUUUUUUUAAAAAACAACAACACACAGCCUGCAAUCUAAGUUACAUAAUAGCCCUAUUCAGGCAUUAAAGCCCUCAUGCCAUUUGAAUUGUGUGAAGGUAGAGUGGGGAUGCGCUAAUUUUGCCUCUGCUUCUUGUCCCUUCUCUGUUACCCAUCCUCACCUCCCCCCUGCAUGCAUUUAGAAACUUGCGCGAUCAGGAUUCUGAAUUACACGGGGAGCCUAUAUAAGUGCUGUGGAAUUGCUAGCUAUGAUGUCUUAUGUUCUACCUCCAUUGUAUGACGCAGCAACGCUACUGAAUACCAGUUGCUUGGAAUCACAAAUGGGUAGUAGAUUCCUGUUGCACUCAGUUCCUACUUGCUGGCUCCCUACAGGUUGGUCUCUGCAAGAAGAGGAUGCUGAACUAGAUGAGCCUUUUUGUCUGACCCAGCAGGGCUCUUCUUGUGCUCUGAUAUGAUACAAGAAGUGUGCUUGAGAUUGCUGUGCUCUUAAGUACUGAAGGGAAUAGCAAGUUGACUCUUGACUCCCUCUACUUCCCAGAAAUCCAGACAAGGGGAUCCAGUUCCUUAUAUCUCGGGGCUUCAUACCAGACACACCGAUUGGAGUGGCGCAUUUCCUGUUGCAGCGCAAGGGGCUCAGCCGGCAGAUGAUCGGGGAGUUCCUGGGGAACAGCAAGAAACAGUUCAACCGGGAUGUUCUAGAGUAAGUGGCCUUUCCAGACCCCAUUCUUUUACUUACCCAUCAUCCACGACUCCUUCUACUGGCAGCUAUUCCCCCUGUGCCCGCCCCCAAUUGCUGCUCUCUUCCUAUUAUUCUUUAUUUGAAAUAAAUAUGCAUGUGCUUCUUGUUUGCAUCUGGGGAGCAUUGGGAACAAUCCCACUGAAAUCAGUCAGAGAAGCCCACAGCAUUAAGGAAGGGAAAAUCUGGCUGCCUGAUUUGUUUGUAUUCUGGUUUAUAAUACGUUAAGAAAUGGGAACAACUUGAGGAGGGGAGAAAUGCUUAGGCUAGGAAUCAAGGGACCUGGAUUAUCCUUCUGCAAAUAUCUAAUGACACUUACACUCCCAAAUCAGUUAGAGACUUGGGGAAAUUCCUGCCCCAUUGCCCACCUUCUUUACGUUGACUCAGCACUAAUAAAUAGCAUGACCCAAGCAAGGCCAGUGACAUCAUCCGCAGUGACGGCAGUCGCACAAAGAAUUGAAGCAAUGAGCCUAGGGCAGUUGCAGCUCAAAACACCAGAUUGAGGCUACUUGGACAUGCAUCACUGGGGCUAAAAUAUCUAAAGAUGUGAGAUGUAAAGACAGCUUGGAGCCUGUCUUCAAACAUGAGCUGUCAGACAUACCAGCAUAUCAAACGCUUGCUGAAGACAUUCAGCCUUGCCACUCUUUGCUAGCUCCAUUGCUCUCUCCCUGCUGCAACCUGCUCCAACCCUGCAAUCCUGUCCUCCAUUGACUUAGCCUGGGGAAAGCCAAGGACACAUCCCAUAGCCAGAAGUAGUGCAGAAGAGGAGAGGAACGGGCAAGUGGAGGAGGCGGUGGUGGCAAGCAGGAAGCUUCAGCCAGUGUUUGAUUGGCUGGUAUGUCUGCUAGUUCAGGUUUGGAGGUGGGCUCAGAGCGUUGUGAAUUUUCCCCAAGCACCCUUGUUGUCUUGCUCCCUUCCCAGACCCCUUUGUGCACACUUUUCCUGUUCUGUUUCAAAGGCCUUGCUCUGUGAUGACAUUACAGUGGGUGCCAUUCAGCUAGGUUUUACUCAGCGUAAACCCAUAGACAUUAAUGAACUUGACUAAGUUUUACUCAUUGUAGACCCACUGAAAGUAAUGGACCUCCAUUACUUUCAGUGGGUCUACACUGAGUAAAAUUUAAUUGAAUACGGCCCAGUAUGUCUUUUGUAUGCAGGUCAGGCCUUCUCUAAUUUGGGAUUAUCUAGGAUGUAUUUACAGUACCAACUUAAAUUACUUCUCCUCUGGGAACUAUUUUUCCCAUUUAUGUACAGUACAUACAUUUAUAUCCCACUUUUCUUCCAUCAUGGGACCCCCAAGGCAGCAUACAUGCAUUUCCCAGGCAGGCACAGGCGUCCUAAUUUAAAGGUCCACUUCUUCCUGUCAAACAGCCACCAGGCUUAAUUGCUUGCAACCAGUGAAAUGAAUAUUGAUCCCCCUUUGUUUUUUAAUAUGCUGCAUGCAUAUCGAUCUGGACAUAAUCAAGGGCUCAUGCUCCCUCCAAUGUUCUUGUGACAAGCACCACAAUUAAAAGUAACUAGGGCAGAAGCAAUAGGGAGAGGGAUAGCUGUGUGUCUGAGGAAGCAAGGGAAAGGUCACUUCAGUCACAGGCUAGAGGACCCAGAGCCACUGGCAGGUCGCACCCCUACCAGCAGAGGUUAUUGGUUACUGGCCUCAGCCGUCAUCCAGAGAACAAGCAUCUGCAGUAAAUCUUAAUUCUCCCCUCAAAGCUGGAAUGGCAGUUAAACUGUCAGUUGUCCUGUGACUGCAGAAGUGAGAGGAAGGACACUUUGGCCUAGCCACUAGCUAGAGGAGCAAAAGUCACUGAAUGCCAGUCAUUGGGAAUGACAAGUGGGUAGAGCGCUGUUGCACUCAGGGCCUAGUACUUGCAGGCUUCCCAUAGGCAUCUGGUUUGCCACAGUGAGAAGAGGGUGAUAGACCAGAUGGGCACUCAGUACGUUCUGAUGAUUGCUCCUGUUGCAUCCCAGCGAGAACGCCAGGAAGGAGAAUAUCACUUUUAUGCCAGUGGGCUGUAAAUGCCACUUAACAACCCUAUUUGUCCUGGCAGUGUCAAACUGCUCUCCCUCCUCUUCCUUCCCCCCACCCAGUGUGUGUGUGUGUGUGUGUGUUUGUGUGUGAUUUUCUAGAUGGUAACCGCAAAGGCUGCUCCUGUGUUUUCCUUUUUUGGCUUUUGUGCAGUGCCUCAUUAAUAUACAGGCACUCUAGAAACCAGUCAGUCAAUAAGGCCGCCUGCCUCAGCUUUGCUUCCUCCACUGCUCAGACCUGCCUGAGAGUUGGGAUUGGGUGCAGACUUCAAAUGAAUGGAAAUAGAUCCAAAGCAGCUUACAAUUUGCUGAACCUCACUGCUUCCCCAGGACCAGGAACUCCAAAGCUCUCGGCUGCUUUCUUGUCUUCUUUUUCACUUCUCCCCUCUCUCUUUGCUUGUUUGGUCCUGUGUGGGGAGAGGUGGCUAGAGAGUGUGCAAUAACUUGAGAUGGGUGAAUCUGUCCAUUUUGGUUUCUUCCAGUUUCUCAUCUUUGCAACCUUAAGUUCAGUUCACCCUGUUUCUACAUCAGAUAGCGAAUUUUUUUCCCUUCCAAAAAUACACAAAAAAAUCCAUAUGCAUUAUUGUGUGUCUUUCUCUGGUAUAUUCAUUUUUGUAUACAAUUUGGCCUAUAUAUGCAUUUCUGCGAACAAUUCCCCUCUGAUACAAUCAGGUUUUGUAUAUUAUUUUCAUUAAUAUAUUCAUUUGGUUUGAGAAGUGCAUCACAAAAUCCAGAAAAGUGUGAAUUUUGGAAGCUUAGCUUUGUUUUGAUGCACUUACUGGUGCAGGAAGUAUGAAUUACCGUAUUUUUCGUCCCAUAGGAUGCUCCGUCCCAUAGGACUCACCUAGUUUUUUGGGGGGGAAAUAAAGGGGAAAAAAAUUCCUUUAUUUCCCCCCCCAAAAGCAGGUCGGGGAAACCGAACCAGGUCGAGGAACAGUGGGAUGGCGGUGCUGCGCCUCCCUGCUGUCCCCUGAGCUUGUGGGGCUGGCCGAUGUCUGCCCGGCGCGAGGGGCGCUCUGCUUCAGGGCACCCCGCCCACCAGGCGGCAGGCUGCUAUCCGCAGCGUGGGGAGCCCUGCGGGACCUCCCGCAGGGCUGCCUAGGCUGCGGAUGUGUUCCCGAAGUGCCGGGCGCUCUGCUUUCAGGGCGCCCGACGCUCCGGGAAGCCGGCUGCUAUCCGCAGCGUGGGGAGCCCUGCGGGGAACUCCUGCAGGGCUCCCCACGCUGCGGAUGUCUGCCCGGCACGAGGGGUGCUCUGCUUCAGGGCGCCCCACCCGCCGAGCGGCAGGCUGCUAUCCGCAGCCUAGACAUCCCUGCGGGACCUCCCGCAGGGCUGCCUAGGCUGCGGAUAUGUUCCCGAAGCGCCGGGCGCUCUGCUUUCAGGGCGCCCGACGCUCUGGGAAGCAGGCUGCUAUCCGUAGCCUAGACAGCCCUGCGGGACCUCCCGCAGGGCUGCCUAGGCUGCGGAUGUGUUCCCGAAGCGCCGGGAGCUCUGCUUUCAGCGCGCCCGGCGCUCCGGGAAGCAGGCUACUAUCCGCAGCCUAGACAGCCCUAUGGGAACUCCCGCAGGGCUGCCUAGGUUGCGGAUGUCUUCCUGAAGCCUGGAGAGCGAGAGGGGUCGGUGCGCACCGACCCCUCUCGCUCUCCAAGCUUCAGCGAAAGCCUGCAUUCGCCCCAUAGGACGCACCCAGAUUUCCCCUUCAUUUUUGGAGGGGAAAAAGUGUGUCCUAUAGGGCGAAAAAUACGGUAGGUAGGUUCACAUAGGGGGCAACCCCCAGAUUGAAUGAAUUUAUCCCCAUUAAGAACUGUGAGAGAGCUGCAAUGAAGAAAGUACACAGCACAUGGCAUGCUUCAAACAUCCCCAUCCCAUCUACCCUGCAUGUCAUAACAUGAGCCCUUUCUUCUCGAUGCAUUCACUGUCGAUGGACAGGCUUCCUUAAGAGCAACACUAUAUGGUUUCACAUACACACAUUUCCCCUGCUCCAGUAGCCAAAGUGAGGGCUGCACUUACUCCCAGAAAGAGCCUCUAUUAUGAUCAAAAAUUAAUCAUAACUCACAGAAAAAGAGGGCCUUUCAGAUGUGUCUGUUGAGAUGCUUAUCUCCAGUCAUCCAACAGAACUGCUUUCCAUGCAAGCUAUCCACCAGCACUGCUGGAAGGCUUUGGUUUUUCUUUUGCACAGUAAACCCAAAGAAACUGGCUGUUUGAGCCUGUAGUUACUCCAGCUGCUUGUGAUAAUGUGAUAGUGGCGGUUUCUCAUUGCAAAUGCACACAGUUCCAAAUCCACCACGGUUCUUCCCCUGCGCUCCCCAGUUUGAAAUUAUUUGUAAUUGCAUCAUCUUCCUGUGCCUGUCUAGCUUCAGUCUUGUAUGAACAUCGCCUGAAAUGUGUACUGGAAGAAUUGAUCCAGCUAGUGCAGCCCUGCUAGAUUAAUCAAAUCAAAUGAGUGAAUGAUAGAAUCCCUUUUAGAGAAGCUGUGAAACUCUCCAUCGUGUGCCCCUGAGAAGACUGACCUCCCAAUGGUCAUAAUAAGCCCCUGGCUUAUCUCCGAUGUUCUAAUAUAGUAAAGAGGUUUCAAAUGACUUUUGGGUGUGAAUAGCUUGCUAGAAACCUGCACAGGGAACUGCACUAAUAAGAUUCGAUUGGCUAACUUGAAGGGAGGGGCAAUAGCUCAGUAGCCAAUCACAUGCUUUACAUGCAGAAGGACCCAAGUUCUGGCACCUCCCUGGAAAGAGGGAAAACCCUCUGCAUGAGACCAUGGACAGCAGUCUGAACUGGGCUAGAUGGACUAAUAAUCAGAUGGAUCUGAUAUAAGGCAUCUUCCUGUUAUUAUCCUCUUCCGCCCAUAUUGCCAAAAAUUAUGAGUGCUUCCUAUUGCUAAGAAAGUGGACAACAGACAACAAGGAAGCACACAACAUCCUCUGCCCUCCUCCCUUCACUGGUGUAUAUUCCUCCCUCCACCCUUCCCUGAUUUGCCUAAACUAUGGCUUAAGCAUUACAUCUGCAGUGAUGCUCGCCAUGGUGAAUGCAGCUAAGAUGUUUCUUAAUCAGUGUGUGCAAACCCUUCAGUCCUUAUUGUCACAAUGGGGAACCUGGUUAGCAUUAAGUAUGGCUAGUAUCUGUGCAGUUGUAAUGGCGAAACACUGAGAAAGGAGGGGGAAUACAUGGCCAAAGGGGAAGGAAGGAGGGGAGCGACAGUGACCUGCACAGCCCACUCUCAAUUUCUUAAGCGUGGUUGAGAGAUCAGCUCCGUUAUGCCUGUCCCACUGUCAUUAUCUCUAUCCAUUUGCUUUCCUCCGCCCUCCUGAGCAUCCUUCUAUGCCACCGUUUUGUUCUUGUCCAUCUAUCUUGCCCUGAUUCCGUUCACCUUUUGUUCCUUAUGUUUUGUCUCAAGAAUGUCAUACCCUCCCCGUUCAUUCAUAAGCUCCGCUGGGUAAGCAGUGGAUGGCUCGUUCCAUGAAUGGAGCUGGCAGCAUCACUGGGGGUGGGCUGUUUGUUGUGCAAGUCGAAGGAUUCUGGGAAGGUCAGGCACAACUGUCGUCUUCAAUUUGUUUCCAAAGCGAGUGUUAUUUUUCUGAAUGCAAGAGGCAUUCUGGUGAAUGGGAGCAGGUUGUUUGUUACAUUGGGGGCAGUAUGCUCUGAUCUAUUUUCCUGGAGGGCGAACUGGUCUCCUUACUGUCCAGAGUUUGCAAUUCCAUUGUUUCCACUGAGAAAUUGGCGGAAAGCAGCCGAUCAGACUUUCAGGAAACGGACGUGCCAUCCUGCCUCUUUUGUGCAAUGCGUAGUCGUUUGUUCAGGACGAGCCUUGAAGGGGGUUCGAUGAAUGAGCAGGUGUGUUAUGUUCUUUCUCAAAGGUCACAAUGACAGGAAAUGCUUUCAGUUCUCCCAGAAAUAUAUAAUAGUCAAAAUGUAGCAAGUAGCAGAGGAACAUCAGAAGAGACUGCCGGACCAGGCCAGUGGCUCAUCCAGUCCAGCAUCCUGUUCUCACAGUGACCAACCAAAUGCCUAUGGGAAGCCAGCAAGCAGGAUUUGAGAGCCAGUGUGGUGUAGUGGUUAAGAGCGGUGGACUUGUAAUCUGGUGAACCGGGUUCGCGUCUCCGCUCCUCCACAUGCAGCUACUGGGUGACCUUGGGCCAGUCACACUUCUUUGAAGUCUCUCAGCCCCACUCACCUCACAGAGUGUUUGUUGUGGAGGAGGAAGGGAGAAGGAGAUUGUUAGCCGCUUUGAGACUCCUUAAGGGGAGUGAAAGGUGGGAUAUCAAGUCCAAACUCCUCCUCCUCCUCCUCCUCCUCCUCUUCUUCUUGAACACUCUCCCCUUCUGCAGUUUCUAGCAAGUGGUAUUCAGAAGCAUUGCUGCCUCCAACUGUUAUGGCAAAGCGUAGCCAUCAGAGGCAGGAGCCAUCAAUUGCCCUCUCCUCCAUGAAUUGGUCUAAUUUUCUUUUAAAGCCCUCCAGGUUAGAAGCCAUCACCUCCUCCUGAAGGAGUGAGUUCCAUAGUUUGACUGUGUGCAGCAUGAAGAAGAAGCUCAUUUGCUGUUUCCUCAUCUAGCUCAGUGUUCCCUUUACUGACUGGCAGCAGCUUUCUGGGAUAGGGGGUUUCCCCAGACCUACCCAGAGAUGCCAGGAACUGAAUCUGACAUGUAAAACAUGUGCUGGUGAGCUUUAGCCCUUCAACAAAGGGCAAUUUGGUGACUGGCUGGCAAAUCCAGGGCUUUCUCAGCAGUCUCUCUACGAAACUCCUCUUUUUUUUAUAAGAUAUUUAUUAGGAUUUUUAAAAUAUUACAAUAAAAAAUGAAAAACAAAAAAAAACAAAAAAAAAUGAUUAAAAACACUCAGAUUUUCUAUUACUUAUUUUUCCUUAGCUUGUUUCCCGGACCUCCUCAUACCUCCCUUUUUUGUAUUCCAGUUCAGUUUGUUGGUUCAGCAAAUCCUUACCCUCUUUAUUUAUCCUAAUCUUUAGUCUUAAAAUAGUAACUUUAGAUUUUUAUCUCUUAACAACCCAUUUUUCAUAUUCCCUUAAAGCAUUACAGCUGGAAACCACUUAAUUUCUAUCCUACAUCAUUCUAACAUUCAUUAAUUUUACAAUAUUUCUGUAGAUAAUCUUUAAACUUCUUCCAAUCUUCUUCCACUGACUCUUCUCCCUGGUCUCGGAUUCUGCCAGUCAUUUCUGCCAAUUCCAUAUAGUCCAUCAGCUUCAUCUGCCAUUCUUCUAGAGUGGGUAAAUCUUGUGUCUUCCAAUACUUUGCGAUGAGUAUUCUUGCUGCUGUUGUGGCAUACAUAAAAAAAGUUCUAUCCUUCUUUGGCACCAAUUGGCUGACUAUGCCUAGGAGAAAGGCCUCUGGUUUCUUCAGGAAGGUAUAUUUAAAUACCUUUUUCAGUUCAUUAUAUAUCAUUUCCCAGAAAGCCUUAAUCCUUGGGCACGUCCACCAAAGGUGAAAGAAUGUACCUUCAGUUUCUUUACACUUCCAACAUUUGUUAUCGGGCAAAUGAUAAAUUUUUGCAAGCUUGACUGGGGUCAUGUACCACCUGUAUAUCAUUUUCAUAAUAUUCUCUCUUAAGGCAUUACAUGCCGUAAACUUCAUACCUGUGGUCCAUAACUGUUCCCAGUCAGCCAUCAUUAUGUUAUGUCCAACAUCUUGUGCCCAUUUAAUCAUAGCAGAUUUCACCGUUUCAUCCUGAGUAUUCCAUUUCAACAGCAAGUUAUACAUCUUUGACAAAAUCUUAGUUUUGGGUUCUAAUAGUUCUGUUUCUAAUUUUGAUUUUUCCACCUGGAAGCCAAUUUUCUUAUCCAAAUUAUAUGCCUCCAUUAUCUGAUAGUAAUGAAGCCAGUCUCGCACUUUGUUUUUUAAUUUCUCAAAACUCUGCAAUUUCAAUCUAUCUCCGUCUUGUUCCAAAAUUUCCCAAUAUUUCGGCCAUUUGGCCUCCAUACUGAGCUUUUUCAGAGCUUUUGCUUCCAUCGGUGACAGCCACCUUGGGGUUUUAUUUUCCAAUAAGUCCUUGUAUCUUAUCCAGACAUUAAACAAUGCUUUCCUGACAAUGUGAUUUUUAAAUGCUUUAUGUGCUUUGACCUUAUCAUACCACAGAUAUGCAUGCCAUCCAAAUACAUUGCUGAAACCUUCUAAAUCCAAAAUGUCCUCACUUGUUCCAGAAAGAUGGUUGAGCCUUUCCAGUUCAGGAAGGCAUUUGUUGUGCCUUCGCUAGAUUUCUCUUGCUUGUCCUGGUGGUUUCAUUGUUUUCAUUGGGCUCUGCGUGUCUUGCCUUUUGUAUGGGUUUUCGUCUUUUUGUGUGUAUUUAACCAUAAGCUGCUGUUGCAGCCCUGCGGGUUACAAAUGUGGGGUAGACAGUUUGGAAACGAAUUCAUAAAUAAUCUUGACAGGUGCAAGGAACAAGUUCCCACUUCCCCCAAAGCAUGGAGGGAAUUCAGUACAUCUGUGUAGGAAGGAAAUGCCCUUGGCUUCGCGUGGUCAUCGCCAUCACAAUGAAACAGCAAUACAUUUCUCAGUUCAUCUCCUCUAUGAAACCAGCAGCCUCUGUGGUUGAAUGACUGGUUGCCAGCCUUUGUUUCUUCCCCUGUGCCUUUAGCAUCAGCCUGGCAGGCAGACAUUAAGGAGGCAAGGCUUUUCCCUAUGCUGGGGACUGUUCAGUUUCUGCAUGUGGGACUGCUGUUAAACAUACAGAAGAUCCAUAGUUCAGAGGUAGAACAUCUGCUUUGCAUGCAGAAGGUCCCAGUUUCAAUCUCUGUUAUUCCUAGGGAAUGUCACUUGAGGCUUAUCCACACCUCUGCUUGCUCUGCUGCUUCCCCCUGGUUUGGUGUUGAAAUGGAAACAACGGCUAUGGGGUUUCCCACAUAUUGCUUUUCAUUCCAGUUUAGCACUAAAGAGCAGGUUUCUCAAGGGGAAAGCAGCAGAGCAAAAACUAGUGACAAGGAAAAGUGUGGAUGAGUCCUUACUGAAGACAAUACUAAGCUCGAUGGACGAUUGGCAUGACUCGGUAUAAGGCAGCUUCCUAUAUUCCUUUCAUCCAAAUGGAUCUAUUUGUCAAGUGUGUGCAAUAGCUGCUUUCCCUCUGUAGGUACCACUUGAUGGUCUUUACUGAUUUUGUCACUUGUGCAGAGAUAUCUUUGGGUUGGCCAUGCCCACCUAUUCAGUUUGGUGAUGGGGAACAAGAGCAGGAGAAGGCUGUUGCCUUCAAACCCUUCAUGGGGGCUUUUUGGGGGCUUCUGGUUGACCACUCCAGGAAAGAGGUAGAACACUAGAGUGGAUGGACAUUUAGGCUGACCCAACAGGGUUCUUCUUACGUUCAGUGUUCACCUAAGCAUUCCCUUAUAUUCACUUAAAACACAAUUUCAUCUGGCAAAUGUUGAAGGACCUGGAGGUCUCGGCGUUUUGGAGGAGCCUGGCAUGAGUAAUUGGGCCAGUGGCUUGGUGGCCAGGUUUUAUCAUUUUAAGCCUGCCUGACCAAAGUUGCUACAUCUGUUACUCUUCAACAAGUAUUCUGAGUGAGUAAAUGUUAUUUUUACCUUUUAUAGGACUCUUUGUGUGAUUGCUGAUUUAAGGGGGAGAGAAGGGGGAAAUACCAGGAAAAUCCAGUCUUCCUUAAAGCAUCUUGGAUUCACUGGAGAAGGAAGGAGGGGGUGCAGUGGGUGUGGCACCCCCCUGGGAUGCUCACCCCGCGCUCGGCUAGCCCCGCCCCCAAGUGCACACUAUGUGCGCCACUCCGGGUGCCGGAACAGCUAGCUCCACCUCUGCUUGGAUUAAAGGUAAAGGUAAAGGGACCCCUGACCAUUAGGUCCAGUCGUGACCGACUCUGGGGUUGCGGCGCUCAUCUCGCUUUACUGGCCGAGGGAGCCGACGUACAGCUUCCGGGUCAUGUGGCCAGCAUGACUAAGCCGCUUCUGGCGAACCAGAGCAGCGCACGGAGACGCCGUUUACCUUCCCGCCGGAGCGGUACCUAUUUAUCUACUUGCACUUUGACGUGCUUUCGAACUGCUAGGUUAGCAGGAGCAGGGACCGAGCAACGGGAGCUCACCCCGUCACGGGGAUUCGAACCGCCAACCUUCUGAUCAGCAAGUCCUAGGCUCUGUGGUUUAACCCACAGCACCACCCGCAUUCUGCUUGGAUUACUUAAACUAAAAGACUAAAACAAGCUUAGCUAAGCUUCCCUUUAAGCUGCCAAUGGAUGCCACUCAGCUACACUCACAAACGUGAGGAAGGAAAGAUAAUAUCUCAUAAAUAUUUCCUCUCCUAUCAUCUAUUCACAUCCCAACAAUUCAAACACUGUGCUCUUUUGCAUCCGGUCUUCCUACCCACAUUUCCCCACAUUGCAUAUACCCAUUCUUCCUAGGGGAGCAAGGUGCAUUAGGGAAGGUAGAUUGGUGUAAAGAGGGGGCAGCCAGUGAGUUGUUUGUGACCCCACUGUGGGAACCAUUGGUGAACAGGGUUGUUGCCUGAGCAACGUGAGGCAAGUUCCCCUUCCCCUAGCUUGCCCUGAAGUUGUUUAUUUCAGGGAGGGAAGAGGGCUGUUACUUAUUAAUAUCUUUGUGUCUUGUGGUUUUAAGAGUUUCCACCUGGCUGCCUCUCCUCUGUUCCCUUCUUGAGUGUGGGCUACGAGUUCAUUUUGCAGACGCUUUUAUUGGGAAGCUGGCUCCCGCUGCAUUGUCACCUGAGCGGAAAAAGCUUGGAAAAUAGGUCACUGCGCUUGGCUGAGCACAUCCCCGGCCCACAACGGUACAGCUGCUUCCUGCCUUUCCCAAACCCUUGCACUGUGAGCCUCCGGUGCUGCGAUGAGUCCUGUCCUAGGUGCCUUGUGGCAGAAUAUGCACUGGCAAGACACUGAGGUUUCUUCUGGCGAUGCUACUUGUGGGCAGAAGGACCAACAAGAAAUUACAGUGGUUGAAAUUGUGAUGAAAGUGAUCUCAGGGGCUCUGGAUUCAAGCACAAUAGAAUUGUGUCUCCCCCCUCCCCUCCAUGUUUUAAAGCUCUACUGGCGCUCAGUGAUACUUAGGUUUAUUAUGUGCCGUCCAUGUAAACCUGCCUCCGCAUUAAAGGGAUGUUUGGAAAAGUAGAAGAGACUGUUCCAGGAGAGUCUUUAGUAACAGUCAGCCAAACAGUAGCAUCUGAUGGAUUUCAAGCUUGUGCGUAGCUUUUUGUCUAUACAUUUAUAAAAGCUCCAUGCUAAAAUCUGAUCACUUGCUACAAAACACACACACCGUCUUUAUUUUGCAUAGCUAUACCUAUUUGUUUGUUACAUACAUAACCAAUACUCACGUUAAAAUGCAUUCUCUCUAUGACUCAGUGCUCUAUUUUUUCCUCCCUUCCGAAUAAUAAUGCUUGAAACAUCCCCAAAGGUUAUUAAAGAGAGCACCUUUGGGAUAAUCCUGUCUAUAUUGUGCAGCUUCAACAGUGUGGCUAGAAAUGAAGGAAGAGGAAUCUUGUUUUAAGGGGAUUUAUACCUGUAAUUAAGCAGUUCCAGCCCAAUCAAUCUUUGCUUGCUUUUGAACCACCUCUUGUAUCAAGCAGCUGCUUAUGUCUGAACCACUUGUGUAUUAUUAUUAUUAUUAUUAUUUUUAAAGCCCAACUAAUUACAGGCAAAAUUAGAUAUGAAAUAAUAUGUAUAUUAUACAUAUGAUAUGUAUAAAAGAGCCAAGCCCCAUGUUGUACUAUAUUUUGGCAGCUAGCUACCUUUCUUUCUUGCUUGCUUGCUUGCUUGUUUUAUUUAUUUAUUUAUUUAUUUAUUUAUUUAUUUAUUUAUUUAACUGCCCUUUAUCCAAAGGGCCCAUUAAGAACAUCAUUUACGCAGCAUAAUAAUAAAAACAUAAUACAGAGCAUAAUGAAACAACAAUGACAACAACAUUAGCACAUACCAAUUUAACAGGCCAUAGAUUAUUUAAUGGCUGAUAGGCUGGGUAAAAAGGAAUGUUUUCACCUGGUGCCUAUAGACAUGUAAUGAUGGCAGCAGGCGAGCCUCUCUGGGGAGAGAAUUCCACAGCGGGAGCCACCACAGAAAAGGCCUGUUGUUGUGUUGUCACCUUCCGAAUCUCUCGGGAAGGCAGGACAUAGAGAAGGGCCUUGGAUGACAAACACAGGAUUGCGAGGGGAGGUCCUUAAGGUAUUGAGGCCUUGAAUUUUUAUGUAUCCAUUUUUGUGCUGGUUACUUUAGGAAAUCACACAUGGGAUGGGUUCUGGUUGAGGGUAGUGUCAUGUAAACAAUGCCCAGAAAUCAGCCUCAAAUUCACAGUAAACACCAAUGUGACAAGCUCCCUUGUCUUCUCCACCUCCCUCUUGGUCUUGCAUUUGUUAUGAAUUAUCAUAUUGCUGGCAAAAAGAAGAAGUAGCUAGGAGACACUGAUGCACACCCCCACCAUCAAACUCAACUAGCCAAUAUAUAUUUUAAACCAGGGCUGUGCAGAGGCUUAAAGGUUACAGGAUCUGCUUUGUUUUUUGCUUGUACCCCCAAGACCCAUUACCCAGAUCCAUAAGGGCCUAGGGGCCAAACAUAGACUUUGAAUUAAGGAACAUAUCCUUGAACACCAGGAAUUUGUUUUCAGCAGCAGACCUGAGCUCACAGUCCUUGCCACCCACAAACCAUCUCCUGCUUUCUCCCCAAGCUUAUUUCUUUCUUUUUUCAAUUCAGUGCCCUAGUUUUGUCAUAAGAGUCGCCUUUUUUGUUUGUUGGAAUUGUUAAACAAUUGGGAGUCUUUCUGGUCUACUACAAAAAUUACCCAGAGAUCUGCAAGUAGAUCACUUCUUACUGCUUUCCUUCUGGGUGACAUCACUGCUACCUCAACCCUACACUAAGGCUUUGUCCUUUGAACUAUCUGUGAGUUGAGGGAGAUGCCCCAACCAUUUGCAGUCUCACACAGAGCCCUUUUCCUUUGUUUCCCUUAAUAGCCCAUCACCCAGUCUUAUCACCUCACCAGGAGGCUAGCCUAGCUAUUCCAAGAAUUAGAAGCCUUGAUUAAAUUCUAACACUUGCUGGAUCCAGGGAUUAGAGGGGUUUGGCACCCAGUUUAACACCCCAAACUCAUAACGGUACAGUAACACUGGUGCCAUUCCAGGCAAAAUUACAGAGAACUGCUAAGAACUCAUAAGUCUUUAGGUUGCAGUCGUUAACCAUGCCCUGGCAUGGAGAAUGCAGCCUUAGAUGUUCCCUUGAUGGAGAAGAUGGGAUCUAUAGUCCCGAUUCUGUUGAGUAGGCUUCAGUCUUUAAUGGUGUCUUCGUGCAAGGAAGCGCAAUGCACUUCAAGUAUUUAUUUCUUUUUCUUUAUUUCCUCCAAAUUUUAAAGUCUCCAGGGGUGACUGCAGUGGUGAACCUGGUAUUGAUUAACUAGGAAAUUUUCUGCAGUUAUCAAAGCUAAGCAUUUAGCAGCAAGAAGCCUUGAUGUGACCCCAUGGGAAGAAGAAGUGUAUGUGUUAGUAAAAUAAAAAUAACAAACAGAGAGGAGGAGGGACGGGAGAGGAAGAGGGAUAGCUCUUUAGUGCUCUUUCUCCUUCUGCAAGCAUCCUCUGAUCUGCCCCUUGAAGGGAAAAAAUAAAGACUGUCUUGGGGGAAUAGUCACAUUGAUUUUUCUUCCCUUUAUACUUGAGUGUGGUAUCAACAGUUCCUCUGGCACAGGAAAAAACCAAACCCAGGUCUCUGCAACUGGAGACAGAUUAUAGUUUUCUUCUUCUUCAGAGACUUAGUUUAGACCAAGUAUUUGGACCCUUUUCAGUCCAGGGGCUGCAUUUCCUCAUGGGACACCUCGGGGGCUGUGUGCCAGUGUUGGGCAGGACCAGAGGCAAGGGUAGGUGGAGCAAUGGAUUUCAGCUUUGCAAGUUAGAGAUAUCUGCAGAUAUGCAUACCCCUACACCUCUCUGCCAUUCAUAUAGGCAAACAAGAGACAUUAUCAAGGAGGGCAUGGAGUACAGAGUACAGACGGGGUCUGCUUUGGGGGGAGGGUUGUGUUUGUCCUGGGGAGUCUUGAGGGGCAGGGAGAGAGGGCUGUAUUCUGCCCAUGGACCUCAGGCUCCCCACUGCUGGUUUAGGGGGUUAUUUCCACCCAAAUUUGAGUCCACACAUACGGCAACACUUUAGUAUCUGUACAACACUCAUGGACUGUUCAAGGCACUUCACCUUGAGGCUGACCUGAAAUGCUCUCUCCCCAUUUGCCCACUCCCAUUUAGGAUAGGGCUAUAACUCAGUAGCAGAACACACAUUUCGCAUGCAAAAAACCCAAGGUUCAAUCCCUGCCAUCUCCAGGUAGGGUUGAGGAAAUCUCUUGUCUAGAACCCUGCAGAGCCACUGCCAGCCAUUGUGGACCAGCCUUCCCCAACUUGGUGCCUUCCAAAUGUUGUUGGGCUAAAGCUUCCAGCGGCUCCAGCUAACAUGGACAGUGUUCAGGUGUUUAUGGAAACCACAGGCCAAAAUUCCCAGAGGACACAAGACUGGAGAAGGCUAGAUGAAUACUAGCAUUCAGUUAGAAUGUUGGGACUAGGACCUAAUACCCUGGUAUUCAAAUCCUCACUCAGCCAUGAAGCUCACUGGGUGACCUUGGACCACUCCCACUUUCUCAAUCUAUCUACUUCACAGUGAUGUUGAGGAGGGGUUUGUGGGAUGAGCCAUUCAUACUGCCCUGCCCUACUUAGAGAGGAAGGGUGGGAUAAAAAUAUAACUGAAAUGUAUCUUCAGUAGACCCAAGGCUUUUUCCAAGUGAGCUCGGAUGUCAGCCAAAAGAGAGCAAGAUACAGAAGCAAGAUGGGGUGUAGUCACAUCUUGAUUUUUUUAGGAAGGAAUAAUGGGAUUCCUGCUGAAAUCUUCCAUGUUGUUAUGAUAGGCCUGUUUUUCCAUCGUACAUCUCCAAGGAGGCUGUUAUGCAGAGAUGCUUGUAGUAAUGCUGUUUGUUUUCUCCUUCCUUUAGCUGUGUAGUAGAUGAGAUGGACUUCUCUGGCAUGGAGCUUGAUGAAGCUUUGCGGAAAUUUCAAGCCCACAUCCGGGUGCAGGGAGAGGCCCAGAAGGUGGAGAGGUUGAUUGAAGCCUUCAGGUAAGAGCCGCACUGAUGUGGUAGAGAUUGACAGGCAGCUGCUUCCAAUGUUGGAGGUCAACUGUCUGAGGAGUAGCCAGGAGUUUCCCCUCACCCAAGGAAGAGUAAACCUAUGAGUAGGUUUUAAAGGUUCCUGUAGUGAGAUUCCGCUGGGCCAUGCGAGGUGUAGGGUCCCAAGAUCUCAUGAAGGGUGCUGCUCCUUCCCAGUUUUGUGGCUAUGGUUGGUGUUAUGCUGCCCCACAAAUCAGUCAGACGGCAUUGACAGGCUCACCAGAUGUAAGCCAUUCCUACAAAUUUACAAUUAGUAUUUCAUAAAUGAUGGGGAGGUCACAUGUCAGGGAAAACCUUCUUAAACAAAAACAUCUUCAGCAGGUGCCUGUCUAAUUUCAUUUGGUAAUUGAUUCCAGAGGGCUGGGGCUACAGCACUAACAGCCCUGUUUCUAGUGCUACACUUCUGAGGCAUGUGGUACUCUUGGCAGUGCUACUGAGGCAUGCAGAACUCAGACCCGUCUGAGAAGAUUUCCACAAGCACACAGUUUUGUUGCAGGGAAGUUUCUGCACAUAUUCAAAUACAAUAAGCCCUCAACAUACGCAGGGGUUAUGUUCCAGGGAUCAUGCCUAAAGCCAAAAUCACAUAUAUUCAAAACACAUUGGGUGCAAUGGCGGGUGGGAUUGCCAAAGUCUUUUUACCCAGAUUCCCAUUUCUGUCAUGGAUCAGUUAUUCUUGGGAAACAGACUUUUCCGUUUGUGUGCUUGUAGAACCAACUGAUGCACUGCAAGCUGUGUAUGUGAAAUCUAACAUGCUUCCUGGUCUUUUGAAUCUACCUAAAGUGAUUGGCUUGUUCUUUUAUUCUGAGUUAUAGCUCUGGGAUUGUAGGCCCAACCACUUUGAAGCAUUUUUUUGAAACAGUCAAGUGGUGUAUAGAUUUUAUGGAAUAAAAUAAACUUUGGUGUCAUCAUUGAUAGUCAGACUGUAAGUAAUCUGAGGAUCCCCAGACAUUUAAAUUUAUGUAUUAGUGGCAUUUGAUUUCCAUUCAUGUGUGUUGACUUUGUCUCCCCCACCUGCAGCCAGCGGUACUGCAUGUGUAACCCUGACGUAGUCCAGCAAUUCCAUAACCCAGACACCAUCUUCAUCCUGGCCUUUGCUAUCAUCCUUCUCAACACGGAUAUGUACAGCCCUAACAUCAAACCUGACAGGAAAAUGAUGCUGGAGGACUUUAUUCGGAACCUCAGAGGUGAGGGCAUUGCUUGGAUGAGCCAUAAUCCCAGCGUGAAGUAGAAUUCAAGCCAGAGGUAGAUGCACAUAACACCAAAAUAACUAAAAGAUAUGUACCCGAAGGGAGGAAAGUAGCACUGCCACCUCUCCGAGAGAGGGAGAAGAGCCUAUUUGCAUUGUUGAUCUUGUAAAUAUAUGUACAUUUGAAAUUGCUCACUAGCUGGUCAUGAAAUUGAAAAAAAAAAUGCAAUCUUACAAAUUUAUAGUUAUUGCACCUCCCCAUAAUCUCUGGUCCAACAGGUUUGCAGAGGCGAUUCUUCUUUGGCCAGAGCCCUUACUGGGACAGAAAUAUAUGACCAUGUGCAUUUAUCGCAGCCAACCAUGACUCUAUCUUCUCUUUCUCAAGCCUCUGAAAAAGUACACCCCCUUGUAACUCAGGUUCAUAUUUUAUCUCUGUUCUCAUUGUUUAUGCUUCACAGGAGUGGAUGAUGGAGCUGACAUUCCCCGGGACUUAGUGGUGGGAAUUUACGAGAGGAUCCAACAGAGAGAGCUCAAAUCAAAUGAGGACCAUGUAACCUAUGUCACCAAAGUAGAAAAAUCCAUUGUUGGAAUGAAAACGGUGAGCCUUUUGCCCAUCACAAAGGCAAUCUGCGUUACUGUUGUUGCUGUUGUUAUCCCUUGCAAUCGUGUUUGCUCCAUGGUUACUUUUUCCUUAUGAGGCUGCCUUGUGCCAGGUAAGUCCUGUUGGCCCAGUAUUGUCCUUCUCGGGAAUGGGGAACCUGUUAGACUCGAUCAGCUCCCAUCAGUCCUAGCCAGCAUGUCAAGGAUGGUGGCAGAUAGAGUCUAAACCACGUCUGGAGGGCCAGAGAUACAAACCCCUGCUUCGCACUGAACUGGCAAGGCCUCAUCAUACAGAGUCUCAGGAUGAAGUCUUCACCAUCACAUUCUGCUUGUGAUCUUUUUAACUAGAGAUGUCAGGGGCUGAACUAGGGCCCUUCUGCAUUCGAAGCAUGUGCUAUUCUGCCACUGAAUUACCGUAUUUUUUGCUCUAUAAGACUCACUUUUUCCUUCCUAAAAAGUAAGGGGAAAUGUGUGUGUGUCUUAUGGAGCGAAUGCAGGCUGUGCAGCUAUCCCAGAAGCUAGAACAGCAAGAGGGAUUGCUGCUUUCACUGCACAGAGAUCCCUCUUGCUGUUCUGGCUUCUGAGAUUCAGAAUAUUUUUUUUCUUGUUUUCCUCCUCCAAAAACUAGGUGCGUCUUGUGGUCUGGUGCGUCUUAUAGAGCAAAAAAUACGGUAUAUGAUUAGCCUUCUCAUUCUGACUUACAUUUUCCUUUAAUGUGCCCAUCUCCUCUUUUCUUUCUCUGCAGUGUUCUCUGAUCUCAUUUAUAAUUAUUAUUUUUUCGCAUCGUUAUUUAUUUUGUUUGCCCUUGAAAAUGGUCUUGAGUACGUCUGCCUGAUUUUCCGGGCAGCAAUCGUUUUUGCAGACCCUGCCUGCCUUGUAACCUGGAAGCCAAUUCCAUAGGAAGGCACAAAAGGCUGAAGGUGUCUCAGGGCCCAUCUGUGUGUACAGAGACCACAUGUGCCUGGAGUACAGGGUGGCGGGUUCUGCAAAGGGCCUUUUAGUAGGUGUGGGGUAUUCAGUUCACUUUUAAUUUUAACAAGAGCCCACCUAAAUCACACUUCCCAAAACAAUGCACAAACCAACAUCUUUUGUUAAUUGCACUUCUCAAAAUUUUGCAGUGUGGUUCUCCAACCUGAAUAAUUUGUAAAGAAAUGUGAAUGUUUGGAGGGGGGGGAAAUGUAUGUAAAUAUGCAUAUAUUAGUAAAAAUAACAUAUGAAGUUGCAUUGUUUUAGGGAUGAUUGUUUCAUACUAGGCCAAAUGCAUACAGAAAUUUAUCAGUUAGAAGAAACACACAUUAAAAUGCUGAUAAAUGUUUGUGAGGACUUUUUCCCCCCCCUUAAAAAAAAAAUCAGGCUAAUGAGGAAAUAGGGAGAAACGAGCUUAAAACUGGAAAAAAUUGAGAAAUCGAGAGAAGCUGAAAUGGACAGAUUUGUCUACCCCUUCCUGGGAGAAUCACUGUGUAGAUAUUCCUGUGAUGAUCCAGCUGUUCUCCCUCUGAUUUCUAAGCCAUGAGCGGUAAUUAGUUAGUUAGUCCUCCUUGCCCCUACUGAAAUUAAGCUUCAGCACAUGUAACUGCAUUUUACAUAUACAUUAUGCCCCCCCUUUUCCUGUCUCUCUCCUCUCCCUGUCCUCACUCUUUUGUUUUCCUUUCAUCACAAUUUAGACCAUAAACUCCUUGAAGCAGAGGCCUGUCCUUUUUUGCUUAUGUUAUUCUGCAAAGUGCCAUCUGCAGUGACAGCCCUGUAUAAAUCACUCCCUCUAAUAGUGAACUCAGGUGGUGAGUGCCAAUAAGACUGGAGCCAAAAUGGGGCCACUGAGAAACAGAAACAGGAAGGUAGCAGUAUGCUUGGAAGGACUCUGAGGUUUCCAGAAGCAGAAAAAUACAUUUUAAAACGAACAAACUUCUAAACAGUCUGCAGAGGACUAUGUGUGCUCAGUAAUCAUAGGACAUUCUGAGUCUUGCGGAAGAGAAAAAUGGAAAACCUAGCAGUGGAGAGUCGAAUGGUCUGCUGGGAGAAAAUGGCUGGGAGGAACUCAGGACAGGAAAUGCUCCUUUAAUGAGGAAAGAUGAACCUUGAAACACUUUGUUGCUGAUUCCACUUGUGAUCCAUAACAAUCAACAUUGCCAUUUCAGUUUCUAUUUGCUUCUCUGCUGUCAUGGGGGGUUAAAAACUUGCUUUCCCUUCUCCCUCCAAGAAAAGGACCACACGUAGUAGACUUUGCAUCACAGGCCCUAUUAUAUUUUUGUGCUCAUGUAAGCACCAAGGUCUUCCAAUUCCAUCAGGUGCAGCGAGAUAUUGCAGAUCAGGGAAAGUCCUGAAAUGAACGAACUUUGCCUGCCAUAAUUGUGAUAGGCUGCUCUGGUACAUUCAGUGCCAUUAUGGAGCAGAAAAUGUCCUGAUGAGAACAGGCUGCAGGUGGUGGUGGGGCAAAGCCAUUGCAAAAGCUUGCUUGAAGUCAUUUAACGUGCAAUGCUUUGGGGUUGGUGGAUAAGGAAGGGGACUGUUUCCACUCCGUCUCUGUCUUCCAGGUCCUCUCAGUGCCACAUCGCCGGUUAGUUUGCUGCAGCCGACUUUACGAAGUGACGGACGUGAACAAAGUACAGAAGCAAGCUGCUCACCAGAGGGAGGUCUUCCUCUUCAAUGAUUUGCUGGUGGUGAGUGGCCUUUGGCCUUGAGAAUCACAGCAUCGCAAAGGGACUUAGAGCCAGUGUUCAGGAAAAGCACAGGACACGCGACUCCCCUAGGACGUCCAGGUUGGAUUUGCUGUGAGGUGUUGCAUUCUCUCUUACUUAUAAAAGUCCCUUCUAUGUAGAAAGGUAGCAAUCAGGGAGAAGGUGUUUAGAUACCUUUUUAUCUGUGAUAUGCUGGUUUUCCGUGGGUAUGAGGUUUGUUCUGCUGGUUGUUCUUUUGCUCAAGGAAGCAUUCGGUCAUGAAAUCACUUACCUGCCUUCCAAACACUGCAACAAAUGUGUUGUUGUUGUUGCUGUAUGUAUGUAUGUAUAUGUAUGUAUUUGUGCAGAUAGAUAGAUAUAAAAAUCAGUCUUUAAUGCCACCUUGUACUAUGCCCCACCAUGACUCAAAGAUUACAAUUACAGCACCAGCAGAGAUAAGACAACAAAAUGAAAUACAGCCUUAAAACAGCAAUGGAUUUGACACUUUCUAAGAUGAAUUAGCAGAGUUAGCUUGCUAUAUAAGUUCCAUCUCUAAGCGAAUGUUCUUCAGGAAGGAGCCCCAUAGUCUAGGUGCAUGACUGAGAGACCACAGCCUCCCAAUACACAUCAGACAGUGAGUGGGGCAGGAACGGAGGCUUUGAAGAUGAUCUUAUUGAGCGGACAGGUUCAUAUGGGAGAAAGAACUCACAGAAUAAAAGAAUUGCAGAGUUGGAAGGGACUUUGAGGAUCAUCUAGUCCAACCCCCUGCAAUACAGGAAAUACGCAGUUCUCCCAUAUGGGGAUCGAACCUGCAACCUUGGCAUUAUCAGCACCACGCUGUAACCAGCUGAGCUGUGCUGCUGAAAACAAGAAACUUUCCCAAAACUGAGUUAGGAGCCAGUGAUGGAGCUGAAGUUGUAUGCUCCAUGUGUGCACUUAGUAUACUUUCAGCUACCUGCCAAGCCAAUUGCCAAUUAUUCAUGGAAAUAAAGGGGCAGGUAUGGACUCUCUGCAUUUGUACACUUUUGCAAAGUGCAAGCAAUAACUUUGUGGAUGCACACUCAAGAGAAUCCAGUUUCAUGUUCCCCUGCAUAGUGAAAGGAAAAGUCACCGCAGAAUAAAAACACAUCUCCAUCUUAAUCCAUUCUACUUUGUUUCACAGGAGCUCAGUGAAACUAAUAAGUUAAAAUCUCUGUGAAUCUGACACGGGUGAUUUGACAGGACUCCCUGGAGAGUAGAAAAAGAAACACCAAAGCAUAUUUCUCACUAAAUUUCCUAUGCUGUACAUUCUGGUGACAGUUAUCAGAUUUUUUUAAACAGUGCCGUUUAUUUGAGCCAAACUGGACUUGAUGCAGUUAGUAAUUGCACGGCAUGCUUCAAACAAGUAAAUAGCAGGUACAGGGGGCAUGAUCCAGAAUGUGAUCAUGAUGGAGGAAUAAGGGGGCUUUAACCCCUUGCUACCUUCUGUCCUGAUCCAGCCCCUUCGAAGAUAGGUGUUGUCCCUGCAACCACUUAAAGCUUGAAACAGUCUCUCGCAUGUUCUUCUAGUGUGGAUUUUAUCAAAGGAUUAGGGAAUGAAUAAUGUAUCCCCUUACAAGACACUUUCAUGGGCAAUUCAUUGUUCACCUUUCUGCACGCAAAGAAAUUAAACCCGGGGUUCUUUCCAGACUGACUCUAGUUUCGAGUGGGAUUCAAUCACAUGCUGGAUAAUUUGGGUGGUGUAAUUGCAGUUGAUUCCCCGAAAGAUCAGGAUUUAUGCGAUAAGGAAAGUGGUGAAAAAAAUACGUCUCCAAAAACAAAUUAGAAUGGAUUCUCAUUAAACAGCCAGCCAUCAUCUGUGCAAAUGUAUAGGAAUGAAUGCCCAGUAAGCAGGUUUUCUGUAAGUGUCCUGGAAUUAUGACCACAGAGGACAAAUGUUGUAGCUGAGAGUAACUCCCAAGUGUUCUUCCAUGAGGUCACUGUGAGGGAACAAAUCUUGGGGGUAGUAUUCAGCUAUGUUUUACUCAGAGAAGGCCUUUGCUGUUGCAUCUGAAAAACCCUCUUCAUUUCUCUGUCCUCAAACAGAUUCUCAAGCUUUGCCCCAAGAAGAAAAGCUCUUCAACGUACACAUUUUGCAAGUCAGUCGGCCUGUUAGGAAUGCAGUUCCAUCUCUUUGAGAAUGAAUGUAAGUUUGUCACAGUUUUGGUCACUCGCCAGAUGACACUGGAGGACAAGAUUUAUAGUGUGAAUUUUUAUACAGUGGUAGUAGUGUGAUGCCUUGUGCUGGAAAGAUGAGUAGCCUGCUGCUUAAUGAGAGAGUGGUUUGAAGCAACAAUUUCAGCUUCCACCUGUUACCCAUAACCUCUAUAUUUUGGCACCAUGCAGUAUUUGUGCAGGCACCUUAGAUGUAAAAAAACCCACAAGCUUUUAAAGCUGGGGAAAGGAUUUUCCCAUUGUGCAUUGCAGAGGAGUAGAGUAUGGCUUGAAAGGAUCCUGUUGCUUUGACCUUGGUGCUAUUUUAUAUUUUUAAAAUGAGGUACCAGUACUCAUAUAAAAGUAUUAUGGGUGCCAGCACAAAAUGGCUGCCAUUGGCAGGAAAGUAAGCAGUGCCGAUACUGUGUACAAGUGAGUACUGUCACACACAAAAGUCCUGGUGUUUCUUAUAUCUAUAUGGCUAGUUUCGUUGGCUGAAAACCAAAUUGCUAGGUAUUUCAAAACUUUAAAUUGCUCUGGAAUGUUUCCAUCUAUGUGACAUUUAUGUUUCAUAGACUUCCCACCAAAUAUUACCAACGUAAUCUUGCUGAGGUUUAUUUUAAGGAAAACUCUACCAAAAUCAAUAAGCUGGUACCUUGGACACCAAUGAAAGUUUAAUAGUUGGAACAUACAAUAUUUGUAUGUUAACAAGGUAACACAUCAUCAAGCCACUCCAAGGCUAUCCAGGAUAAUUUAAUCCAAUACAGUGUUUUUUGUAUAAAGCUUGAACAGGGUGCAAACACCUUUUAGGAACCCCACAUAGAAAUGAUAUAUUAUCAGUUGACAUAGCAAGCCUAGUUGUGCUCUUAAGCAAGUAUUGGAGCAUAGUGCCUUAAUGUUUUUAACUGUUGCAAGCCCCUUGAGUGAUGCAAAUGUAACUGCACUUCUUUGUUUUAAAUAUAUAGCUGGCAAAAAGAGACUCAUGUAUGCUGCCUUUGAGAAUGUAUCCUCCUAACAUUUAACUUAAUCUAUAGAAACACACUGUGCUAUGUUAUACCAAACUGAUAAAUGUCUCUUGUUGCAGGUUACUCACAACAUUCUCUCUGCCUCUCAAUUUCUCCCAGGCUUUUGUGGUUUCCAAAUUACCUGGGUUUUGUCAUCAAAUGGCACCCACCAAUGCAAAAAUGAUCUGUGAUCAUUUUGAACUGGAUUUCUGCAAUUUGACAAACACUAAGUCAUGUCAGUCAAUUGGUUUUCUCAGUGUAGACCCAGCAUCAAACUAAGCUCCCAUGCCUUCUCUUGUUUGAGUCAUACGCAUUAGUGAAAGUAUGCACUGAAAUCUUGUACACAAUCAUUUUUGACUAGGUGUUUGUUCAUACUUGGAAAUACUUGGGCAGGCUGUUCCAUGCAGAAAUCCAUAUCACCACCUGCAUUAUGGUGCUCAGAUGGACGCUCCUUUUUGGUACACAUGGAAAUGCAUAUCCUCUUUCCAUCCUGGGCCCUUUCUACCAUUGAUGUGAGCACUUGUUCAUAUGCACCACUGCAGAAUCCCCCCCCCUCCAAAAGUGUGCUAUUUCAAUUUGCACAGCUGCUUAUUUGUGUGAGUUACUUGGAAAAAUCAACAUGAACAAACUGAGGCAAUAUUUCAUAUGCAUUCAAAACAAAGAAGUGCCGUUUCAAGAGGUGGCCUAUUUCAGACUUAUAGUGCAGUCUACUCUGAAGUAAACCUGGUUGACUUGAGAGGGAUGGUAUAGGAUUGCAGCCUUAGAACCCCAACGCCCUCAUCCAUAAACCAGCUGGGUCCAGAUUUUUAUUCUGGACCAACCAAUCCUCUUGUUUAGCAGGAACAAACCUGGCAGUGUUUAGCUGUGUUUAUUAUUAUACUAAUUGGUCUCAUUAGUAGGAUUAUGUAGAAAGCUGCCUUAAUAAGUAGGUCAGGCUGCUUGUCCGUCUAACUAAGGACUGUCUACUCUGACACAGGACUGUCUACUCUGACUUGGCAAGGAUCUUCGUUAGAGAGGCCUUCCCCGGCUCCUGUCACAUGAUCCUCUUCACUGGAGAUGCCAGGAAUGGGGGCUUUCUCAUCUGCUUUCCCACUGAGCUAUGGUCUCUUCUCAGACUGCUUCAGCCUUUUUAAUGUAUAGAACCCACAACACUAGUUUUAUGUCCCCUCUUCUCCUUUUUUUGUAGAUUACCCACACGGCAUCACCUUGGUGACUCCCCUUUCAGGCUCAGAGAAGAAACAGGUACUCCAUUUCUGUGCUCUGGGAGCCGAGGAAAUGCAGAAAUUUGUGGAAGACCUAAAAGAGUCAAUAGCAGAGGUGAUGGAGCUAGAACAGAUUCGAAUUGAAUGUAAGGCUCCCAGCGUGGCCCAGACUCCAUGCAGUCAUUCUGUCUGUAUGUAUAUAUGUCCGUGUCUUGUGUAUUUUUGUGUCUCUUGUUAGCAGGGGUGCCAUUUCACAUUUCAGGAGGGGGGAGGGGGGUAGGAGUCCCAACAAGGUUUAAUGGUCCUCUCUUGAAUAUGUGCAAAUUUAAAUAAAAACGAAUUUAGUCAAUAUUAAAUAAAAAUGAAGCUAUUCAAUAUUAAAUGGAAAUGCAAAAGCUGGUGUAUUUCAGAAUAUUUCUGUGAUUUUAAAAUAUUUAUGCUACAAAACAAUUAUAAAAAUGUUAUCAAUACUGGAUCAUCAGACAUCAUUCUUUGCAAGUAAUGAGAUUCAUGCCUUUGGCAUGUGCAUCUAGGGCAAGCCACACUUAAUUUUUUGCAGCACUAAUUUCUCAGCAUUAGAACUGGCAAGUUUGCCAGAGAUAAAAUGUUCCUCAUGAAUAACCAGAGAUGCUGUAAACUAUCAUGGCCCCUUACUCAAAAUGGCACCCUUGGUUGUGGAGCUGGAUGAGGGUGGAGGGCUGGCUGUAUCUUCUUGGGGUGGGAGGAUUUUAUUAGAAAGUGAGUGAUGCUGAUAUGUGAGUACAAUAAGCCACAUAAUGUGGACAUAAAUGCACACAUUAGGGUAAAGGGUUUCUAAAAUGCAUAUAUUAGUGAAAGUGCCAUACAAAACGCAUUAUAUAAGGAAAGAUUGCUUUGCAAAAAUGGUUUAUUGGGCAAAAUUGCAUACAAAAUGCAUACAUUCAUGCUAAACUGCUGAUAACUUUUCAUGAGGAUGUAAUUCUCUCCCCCGCCCCCAAAACUGGUGUGGAAAUGUGGAAAACGGAACCUAAGUCUGGGGAAAAGAUUCACUCAUCCUUAGGAUGAGCCAUGAGAAGGGUGCAGAACAGUUGAGAAUAUAUGCACUUGGCCUUGAUAAAACUGACAACUCCAGCAUAACUUUAUCCAUAAAACAGACACAUCUACCACACUAAAGAGAUACUAAGGGUUUUUAAACAUGAGCUGUUCAUGUGCUUUGAUUUGUGGAACAACAACAACGACAACAACAACAUUAAGUGGUCCACUGAGUCCUGAAGUAAUUUUCAAGAAGUCUGUAGGGUGGGUGUGGGAGUAGAACCACAGCUCUAUAAAGUGCAUUCCAAAUUUGCCUGAUAAUUAACUGUCUUGCCUGGAUGCACAAAAUCCUGCAAUGUUCCCCUGUGUACUAGCACUGAUUGAUACUUCCUACCAGAGUCUUCUCUCCCAAAGAACUGCUCCAUAGCCAGCUUCCUAUAGUGUUUCCCCCUAUCCCAAACAGAUAGUUAAGGAAUGCCCAAAUCUGGCUUCAGCUAUUCACAGAGGAGCUGAUUACAAGCUGUAGGAAUGAAUAAAUGGAUAGUGCUACACAAAUGAAUAGCUGAGAACUCCAGGAUGCAGAGAUUCAUUGCCUUGCCAUUCCAUUCAGGCCAAAUAAAUGUUUUUGAAUAUGUUCAUUGUGCAUAAUUUUUACUGGUUCUAGAAUUUGUGUUUCCUUGGCACAGGACGUAGAUUCCAGGGCUAAAAUGUUUAAUAUUUUUAAAGCACAGAAUAGACACAUCCGUUGUGUGUGCGUGUGCAUGCAUGAAUACACUUUCUCUAACCAUUAUUUCUCUGCUUGUCUCCUGUUGCUUCCACUUCCAUAUCUUCCUGUCUUUCUUUCUUUCUGCUCUACUUUUUAGUUCUGUCUCCAUUCUCUCUUUAAAAAAAUGUUCUUUCCGUGUAUCUCAGGGGAGCUGGAGAAGCAACAUGGGACAAAGAACCUUUCCUUAAAGUCCAAUGGAGCUCAGAUGGAAAUACAGUCCAAGCAAGGAUCUCCAACAGGUUAGUCUGCUUCUCUGGGUUCUUCUUCACUUCCUACCCUGAAGCUUAGCUAAUCCUCUGAGACUUGGCAUACAGGAAUAGGAAGGACAAAAUGUCUUAAAGUCUCUUUGAACCUCCAGAAUGGAUCCUUGAAGCAUGCUAAAGUUGUUUGCUUUAAAAAAAAAAAGUUAUGGUAUUUUCCAAAGAAUACAUUCCAUGAGGUCACACUCUCAUUAUUUCUCUUGCUAUACGUUUCUCCCUAGUCAGUAGUUCUCCAAAUCCGAAAUCUGACCUGGAAGAUCUUUUAGCUGCCUGUUAGUCUGGAAACUCUGCAGCUAUAGACUUCAUGCUGAUAUAUGUUGAUUGGAAAGAACUGUAUACAUUGAACUGGAGUUGGCCCAGCAAUAGAUUGUAUAAGCACAGUCUCUGAGAUACUCAACUGGGUAGCCCAACAUGUUUUUCUACCUGAGCUGGAAUAGCAAAUAAGAAAAUCCAACGUGUGUCUUCCCCUAUGACUAAAAUUAAAAUAAUAAGACAUUAAACAACUAAACAAUUUUCAUGACACACCAAACUUGCUGCCUGAGGUGCCUAUCUCUUUGUGCCUAAUGGCAGGGACAGGCUAGUCACACAAGUCUAACUUCUGGUUUCAUUAUGCUGAAAUGGCCAAAGUGAGUUAUGUGACUCUUGUUCAGGAAGGAGCAAAGAAGUGAAAAUAUUUGUUGUAUGAGAGCUAUAGGGAUAAAUGCCUCUUCUGGUCCUUCUUGUGGUGCCACAAGCUUGGAUGAAACUAAGCAGAUCAGCGUGGGGCAAAAAAUGUGAAGACAUUUCAACAGUGUGGGAGCAUUUUUCCAGAAUGAGAUUUCAGUUUUGGUACCCAUCCUUCCACUCAGUAGCUAGCUGGGAGAAGAAGGACAGACAGAUGCAGAAUGUCUAGGAUAUUGAACAGUGUUCAAGAAUGUUUUGGGUUUAGAAACUGCUGACUUAAGCAACUCAUUCGCCUGAUGCCAUCUUUGUGCUCUUUUUGGUCUCAGGAGAAGAGCCUUUUGUUCAUCCAGACCUUCUAAAAAAUUUGUGCAGUCUGGACCUCUCAGUUCUAAAAUCUGUACUUUAAUUGUGGGGUUAGAGUUUUUGUUUCCUUGCUGUAUUUAUGCUACUUUUGAUUUGUUUCAUUAAUUUUAAAUUGUUUUUAGGCUUAUUAAUGGUAAACCACCCAGAGAACUUUAUGUUAUUGGGCAACAUGCAAACAUUGUUAAUAAAUAAGUAAAUAAAUAUUGCAUUUCAUAACUGAGGAAGGGGGUCUCUUUUAUUUUCAAAGCCAAAAGAGAUUUGGGAGAGAAGGUUCCGGACAGCACAGUGGAGGUAAGUAGAACACACAGCAGCUGAGGUAAGUAAUUCUCCCUCAGUUCAGCUCUUCUUACAUUCUCUGUUGUUUCUUUUCUCAGGUUUUAAUCAAUGCCUCCCCUGCCAGACUGACAAUUUUACCAAUUUCCAGAGAUACAAUAAAAAGUUACUGCUAGGACGGGUAAUACAACUUUCAAAUCCAGAUUAAACUUCAAAGCAUUUUUUUUCAAGCCGUUUCAGUAACUGUUAACACAUCCUUCAUGGAGCGAGCGCCCGAACUCUGGAGACUAACCUGCUCCUUCCUCAUCCCCACCCAACACACUUUCAAGAGAAAUCAGAGACACAGCUGAGGUGAACUCUGCUGGCAGGCCACCGCCAUCGCAGGACCCCCCGCUAAAACUCACUGCUAUGACCUUUCCCUCAUAGCUUCUUCUGCCCUAGACACUGGGCCCUCGUCACAGGCUUCAUAUAUUGAAAGCAUAGACCAAACAUUUCCCAUAUUCACUGGGACUCUUCUUAGGUUGAAAGCUUAGGCCAAUCAUUUCCAAAUUUGGGGAGGGUUGUUGGAGGAACUUUCUUGCCUGUCCUUAUUUGGGAGCAAGGACUCUGUUGUAGGAGUCUUCCUGUGGAUCUCAGCUCACCAAGAAAGCUGUCAUCUGGGAGAGAUAUCCAGAAUAUUUCGUUUGCCCCAGCUUUGUCCUUUCCCAGGCCUCUUUCACCAAGCAGAUAGCUCCAUCUCCCUGCAAGUGUUACUUGCCAUAGGGGCAGGAGCUGCAAAUGCUUCUCAAACAAGCAUUUCCUCAAUCAGCCUCCAUUUCCAGCUCCAACUCCUCUUUCUUGCGGAUUAGGCCUCUUUCCGCAGAGGCCAUUUUACACCCAUGCCCCAGCUUUCUGUUCCACAGCCUGGGAUAAACCCAGCUGCUACAGGCACAAUUCCUUAGACCCAGUUCAUGCUGGUUUCAUAAACCCUAUUUCAUUACCCUGAUGACAUUCCUGCUGCUGGGGAGGAGGGACGGGCAUCUCCACGGCCUCAUAUACAGCUGUUGGGCCUGCAAACAUUUCUCCAUGAAGGGUUUUCAGUUCAGGGAUGCAAAAUUCCAAGGAGACAGUUUACAAAUAUAUGUUCCUUCAGGUGAUUCCAGAAUCAGGCAGACAGGGCCCCAGAUCUGUCCAUCAUGGAAGAGACCCUUCUCUUCCCAUUCCUAGUUUCCUCCUCCUCUCCUGGGGAGCUGUGUCCUUCUGAAACUCUUUAUUCCAGGAGUUCUCCCCCUUGUACCAUAAAUAGCCCUUUCCAUAGGGAGCCCAAUUCCAGCCUAGUUCCUUCUUUCAAUCUAAUGUUGGGAAACCCUGUGGGCUUUCUCUUCAAAGACACUUCAAGCCCUUCUUCCUCCCCUCUCCCUGUUCUUCCUCCUCUGCAGAAGUGAGCAUCUCCAUUUUCUCUGAGACUACCUGAUCUGCUGCCAUUCCAUCAGAUUUCUUUUCUUUUCUUUUUUUAACCAUUGUACAAGCUAGAUGGGUACUUUUUUCCUUUUCCUUUUUGGCGUGUGUAAAACCAUUUCCUUUCACUUGCAAACCAUCGAGUGGAUCAGAGCGAGCUGCAAAUUUGCUGAAAUAUGUCAGAUUUCUGCUUUUUUUCUCUCUCGUCCCUGUUCCUUUUUUUAAUUUUCUCCUUUUGUAAACAGAUUAGUGAGUCAUGUGUGCACCUUCCUGCUUGGAAAGACAGGAGCUGGGAAGAGCUCAAGUCUUUCUCUGAGCAUCAGCAAAUCUCAUUUUUUUUUCCUCCUUGCAAAGAUGUGCAACCUCAAUUAUCCUCCCCUCUUUCUGCCUCGUUGGCCCAUGGAUUGCAUGAUGAUUCAGGGUUUCGUAGGAACUCUGCUUGCAGAACAGAGCUCAGUCAAAGAGGGAACUUUAUAACUACAAAGCAAAAAUAAGAGAGUCCUUACCUCCAAUUGCUUUCUUUCUCUUAAGUACCAUAACAACAGGAAAAAAGGGAAAAGGGGGUGUAAUUGACAAAAAGAAUAACCUAAGCAAUAAGGCUGUUCUUCCUGGAAUAAGAGGCAGUUGGGGCCAGGCCAUUAGCAGCCUUCAUUUUGUAAAGUUAAAAUCUCUCCCUGACCUGCUCAAAGUGCCACAAUUUGAUUGCCUUUGCUCAAUCUGGAUAGUUGAGGUUGUGCUGUAUGUGGAAACAGCAUCACUGCCUUUGCUGUAAUGGGGAUCUUUAUUUUCUAGAAGGAACUUUUCAGGGGCUGUGCUUGUGGGGAGUUGGGAAAAAGGGGUGGAAGGAGGACCACAUUGGGGGAGGAGGAGAUUCAGGGCUGUGGUUUAUGGGGGAGGAAGGUCCAUUGAUGGAGGGUGGUCGGGUAAAGGGCAGCCCAUUAGCAGGAGAUGGGAAGAAGUCUUGUAACAUUUAAUGCUUCUUUGACUGUUUCUAAACUAGGUGUCAAUUCACAACAGGCUUCAAACGUACCAGCACAACUCUAUCCCGGGGCUCGAGAGUGGAAUGCAGCCCAGCACGCAUCCUAACAUGCCACGGGAGAGGCUGGAGACAGCAUUGGUGCCCUCUUACCCUGCCUCGGCAGGGACACUUGUACAGUGCCAGCAGAUUGUCAAAGUUAUAGUCUUGGACAAGCCGUGCCUCGCUCGCAUGGAGCCGGCCCUCAACCAGACUCUGACACGCUACGUGUCCUCUGAUUCCUGCAGCUCCACCCCCUUGCGCGGUCUAGGCAGCGGGCUCCAAGGGACCCCGGUGAAAAUCAUCCAUCAGCCCCCGCUUCCGCCGCCGCCGCCGCCCUACAACCACCCGCACCAGACCUGUCCCCCCAGCUCCUUGCUUCAGAGGCGCCGGUAUUCCAGCGGCUCACGCAGUCUAGUGUAG